ACCACUCUUUUGGUAUACGCGUGUCGUCCUCGUACCGCGACAGUCGUCGUCCUCGCAGCCGCCGCCGCCGCCGCCGCCGUCGUCGUCGUCUUCGUUUUAUUUGAUUUGAGAUAUUUUUGUAUUUUUUCUCAUCCGUAUUUCCUCGCCGCUCAGAAGAGACCGACAGACAGACUCCGCCGACCAUAAUGAUCGUGAGUAUUAUAACAAUAAAAACGUGUAUUUUUCGACGUCGUAUAACGUCCGAAUAUUUAAUAUUUUAACACGUACCGAACAAUGAGACGCGCCGAAUUAAUUUAUGUCGGUUUUUCCUCGGGCGACCAUCGAAACUCGAGCCCAAAUAAAUGGGGGGGGGGUUGGGGGCGGAACGCGUACUCCGGGCCCUCUGUGUAUUAUUUCAACGUCGUUAACUGUCGCGGACAAGGUGGACAUUGUUGGCUUAAAAACGUUUUCGUCGGUUGAGAAUCUACAAAAAAUCGGAUGCGAAAAAAUGUGAAAGGGUCCGUUUCCGGGUUCCGCUUGACCCUCGGCCUCGUCGGUUGCUCCGCGAUCAAACGGUACAAUAACAAUGCCUAAGCAGGCCACCCGGAGACUGCACAGGCGGCACCGUACUGAAAAUCUGUUCGGAGACACGGUUUUCGUUAAAUUGUCGACGUUUCGUCGUUUUCCAAAACACGUCCGAAUCGCGCGAACAGAUGGAUGAUAUUAUUUUCGGACCCGGAACGAUAAAAAAAAAAAAAAGUUACUCCGCGUGUCUGUCGAAUGAAUGUACGCGACGGUAUUUGGAUUGUCAAUUUUCUAACGAUACACCGAGACGUUUUUGCAUUGUUGGCGUCCCGGGGCGCUGUUCCUUUAGCGCCUUUAACCCAAGACUAUAAUGGACUUAUGGACUAUUUUUUUUUUUCUGUACAACAUACUGAGUUGCAUGCUGUGCACGUUUUGUACGGCCCGCCACUUUGUCCGCAUUAAAACGCACUAUUUUAGACGCUGUUGAGCGAGUGUAAACCGCGGCACGGAGUACAUAUGGAAAAAAAAUCGGUAGCGCUAUUUCACCGCGUCUCAACAAAAUUGUGAUCGUUUAAACGUGACGCCCGGGGAAAAUGCCCCUGUGGCCCUCCCCUUAAUACGUCCCUGGCGAUACUCGAUUGCCAUUGACAGAGCUCUGGCGUAUUCGCCAAUAUCAUAACUCGAUUGUCUAUCACACUUGCAGAAUCGGUAUUAGGCCUGAAACCCGCUCCUCGGUGUACCCAUUGGUCUUUAAUAAAGACGAUUGAUUCCAGAGAUCGCUUAUCAACAAAGAUUCUCAUUUUCACAUUUAUAUACGAAUCGGGGUGGACCAACAGUCAUUCCUAAAUUUGCGUCCGUACCGUUGUCCAUAUCGUUAUUGCGGUGUUAUAAUCAGUGUCCACUGCGGUUCUAUACGGGGUAGCGCUUGAAAUGACACAAAAUAGCAAAGGGUACUGUGAUCCCUACAUUUCAUUUUGAUCGUUCCGUGCGGCAUGGUCCCGGAUGUUUGGGAAAUCAAGGAAUCGUUAAGGAAAAGGUUGUUCAUUAAUCUGUCAAACAAAAAAAAUUGUCUCGCUUCUCCCGAAAACUGACAUUCUUUUCUAUAAAAUAAACAAUAUAAAUGUACAAUAGUAUUUAUUUGUAUCGACGUCCAUAAUAAUUUUACUAAUGUGCAGAAUGAAAAUUGAAUAAUAGGAAUUUUAAUAUUUUCCCGGCAACUUCAUUGUACAUGAUAUUUUUUUAACGCUUACCCCAACAUGUAAGUUAACAAAAAUGGGCGAUACUGCUGAUGGGCGCAUUGUUGUAAGUGGAGAGUUGGAAAGGUAGUAUAAACGAUAAGCCAUCGCUAAAGAAAACGAUUCUGAGCGAUGUUCGUUUAUACAUGAUUUGAAAGGCCGUAAUACAUAUGAGUUUCGUCAAAAUUUCAUCUUAAAAAAAAAAAAUCAAAAAAUCAAAACCUAUUUACUUUUUUUUUUUUAACUACUAAAUAAUAAAACCUACAAUGAACCUCCUGUUGAAAUUUCAAUCAUUUAAAAUCAUUUCAUUUUCAACCGUUAUAUCAAAUAAUUAUAUUCACUUAGUACCUAGUAUCUACCAAACAAAAACUACGUACAAAACUCGCAAAAUUAAAAUGCCUAUAAAUAGCUUAAAACGCGCCAAAAUGUUUUCAAGUCUUCACGAAUAUUUUUAACUGAAUCGGAGCAAAAUAAACAAAAUUGAAAAUAACAAAACCAUUAUUUACGUUAGCUUGACCGUUUUUCCAAAUUAUUAUGAAAAUUGUUCGAUCGAAGCAAGUUUUCCGUUCGAAAAGUCGUUUACAGACAGAAAAAUAACACAUCAUGGUAAAACCAAUAGGUCCCUCCGCUCCGCACCCGAAAUAAAAUUGUUAAUAUCAAAAUAUAUCCAUGGGAACGUACAUGGUAUUUUCCUUUGAAUCGCGAUGCAUGUUCAUUAGGACUUUCAUUGCACAUGUCCAUUACCUUAACACCUACGUUAUGUAUAUUCACAAAAUCAUAAUUUAUAUACAUUAUGCAUGUAUUAUAUAUCUGUGGUCUAUACUGUACAGCGUACACCACAGAAUAUACAUACAUGUAUAUUUUUUAUUUGUUUCGUACAAUCCAUAUCAAUAAUGCAGUAUAAUAAACACAAGUGGCUAAGUGACAAUUCAAAUGUCCGCCCACUGGCGUCACUCCGAUAAACCAUAGAAUAGAAAUACAAUUUAAAUCACGAUAAUAAUUUUUUUUUUUUUUUUAUCAAAGAUUAAACUGAAAAAUAUCAUAGGUAUUUAACAAUUCCAAAAUCAUUACGUUUCAAGUAUACACAAUUAUUUUGAAUGGUGUAUAUAUUGUGCCGCAUACUCUUUAAAUAAUUUGUUAAAAAAAGACUCUUUUUAAGCACAUUGAGAAGUAAAGGGACCUAGUCCCCUUGCAUCCUUCCCCACUUUGACCCCUGAUACAGGAUAUCCCACGAACAUAUGAACGUCAUUGCGUUAUCUUAGAAAGUAUUAAUUUUUAUUUUUUUUUCGGAGUUUUUGUUUUCCGGACAAUUUAAGUCCAUUUGACAUUACCGUUAUCAUUUUGGUCACUCUUCUUAUCGAUGACUAUCCACUUUUGAUUUUCAAACGGCAACCUAUAUUGAACAUUUUAUAAAUAGACGGGGUAUUAGUUCGUAUACAAUUUGGUGUAGACAUUUUCAAUUUCCGUUGAACCUUUGCAAACGAGAUAUUCCACUUUUAAGUGUUGGCAGAAAGAGAGUAGUGGUGCAUCGUUAGGUGACGUUUGAAUGGUUAGAAUGUUUAUACCUCCGUGGGGUACCCUGUGUACGCAUAUAAUAGGGUGGCCUUUGAAUUUUAUUAUAUUGUAUACCCAAUAUUACAACGGUUAUUUCCGGCGGUGGCAAAAGAAACCUGAAACAUGUGGCCGGUGUAAUAAUAUUUCUAUACAUUUUAUUCUAGUAUAAUAAAAUACGUAUUAUAGGGGUUCGGGCGGUAAUAAUAAUAUGCGUUUCCGGCCAUCGACAACGUGCCAGGAUAAUAUUAUUAUUUUUGUCGAUUUCUCGUCCGACAAUGUCGGUCACAGACGACAUAAUGUUUAUUGCAGUUAAUUCAGGGAACGGAUCAUUAUCAUAUACACUUGUUAAAAUUCACUGAAAAAAUCAAAAAUCAAAUCAAAAAUUGCAGUCUGUGUUUCAAAAAUACGAUUAACGCAAUAAGAGCAUAAUCUAUUUGAAAAUAAAACUGUGCGCGUAUCGAAUGAAUCAGUAACCGGUGUAAGACCAUUAGUUAGCGAUUUGAUGGGAGGGGGACUAAUUUUUUCUGUUUCAUACUUUUUGAACGGGCUUAGCCUUCCAAAAAAAUUUCGCCAGCGGCAACUUUGCGAAUUCUCGAACGACAAUCGCCCGCGACAGCGUAUACGACAACAACGACACACACGCACUUUAUCGGGUACCUGUACGCACGAAGCACGUUGAAUACAAUCGAAAAUUAAUGUAGGGUCGUUCGUAUCGUUUCGCGACCCACGGCGACGGUAACUUCAACCGUAGCGUAAAAUGUGUUUGGAGCCCACGACUCCGUGUCGUACAGUAUAAACGCUUGAAUAUACAUAAUAUUAAACAAGAAUGUGUACUUAGGUACCCAUAUAAAUUACAUUUGUAUGAGCUUUGACCGUACUCAAAGAGGCGGCGAUACAUCCCCCGACCCCUUGAACGGGUCUAGAACCCGGAGCUGUUUUCCUUUUCGUUUUCGUGCAAUAUAACUACUUGUUGCACGCUGCAAUGCGAGUGGCAAAGCGUCAAACGCGAUACACGCCGAAUUUUCAAUAUUAAUAGUUGUCCGCGUUCGUCGCUUUAUCAUGUCUAUCAAAUCGUGUGGUUUGUAUUACGCAGGGUGUACCCCGAAGAUAUAACCCUUGUGUAAUAUCUCCGGAAAUAAUAAAGAGAUAAUCAAAUUGUGUUUUUUUUGUUUCGUAUAUUACUCACAGGGACUACAAAUAUUUAUAUUUGAAUUGUGUUUUUAUGUUUUGAUAAAAUAUAAAACUGAAAAAAUAACUUUAUUUUUAUUUUUUUCGAAAAAUUUUAAGAUGCCUAGCCAUUUUAUAGAGUUUAAUCCUUCUGAACAUUCUGACGUGUCAACAUUUUCAGACGAGUACUAUAAAAGAGCAACCUUCAAAUUGUUCAAACAUAAUAAAAUUAAAAAUUACCUAUUUCUUUAGGUUUUUUUUACCGAGACAUACAAAUUUAACUAAAAUAUAAAUAUUUGUAAUCCUUAUACCCGCGAGUGACAUAAAAAAAAAACCAACAGAAUUUGAUUACUUUUAUUAUCUUAGAAGAUAUCGCAUUGGGUAUACCCUUCGUGGGACACUCUGUAUACUACAAUAUUAGUUACGAUUUUUUCUGAUAUUUUUAAAACAACUAGUCAUAUUAUCGUCAUUUAAAAAAAAGCCAUAAAGUUACGUCGCUGGACCCGCACAGUUGAAUAUUAUGCUUAUUGUGUAUGAAUAAUAUAGAAAGUCGUAAAUAUUCUAUAAUUUUAGAAAUGCACGGAUAUCCAUAAAAAUUUAGAUCGGUAAAAAUAUUUUAUACUGCAGCACUAUUGUGUUGCGGUUCUUCAGAGGACGCUGUACCCGCAUUAAUAAUUAUAGUCUAACUAACGGGAAACAUUACCGAAAAUACGCUACACGAAACGUGAAUUUUGGCGGUCAGGUUGAAAUUAGAGUUUGAACACGUAUAACUCAAUUUUAAAUGGAGAAUAUUUUCGAAGGCUACAGUAAAUAGUAUUUAUUUUUUUUUUUUUUUAUUUUAUGUCACGCGCAGUGGCGUGCUCAGACGGAUGAGGUUAGAGGUUAUAAUACGAGGAGGCUCAUUAGCUUGAAAAUUCAAAAAAAAAAAUAAUACGAGUAAUUUACUCUCGAAACGCAAUUCAGAAAUAAAUUCAGUCGAAUUACCAGAAAAAGCUUGAUGCAUCGAUUGCAAAUUUGUUUUUAUUUAGGAUCCGGCUUUUAAACGGCCAAUUCCCAUAGCCGCGUCGGGUAGAGAAGGCAGUUUACGAUUUAUUCACGAUUCUUAUACGCUACGUCCCCUGUCAUUGGAAAUUCCUGGGCACGCCACUGCAGGUUGCGCGUUGUCAUUAAAUCGACAUGGUAAAUGCGGCGGGCAUGGCGAUAACCGAUAUUCAGUAACCGAGACCUAGGCAAAUGUCCAAAAAUCGGGCUAAAUUCAUCGUUAUUCUCUCGUUCGGGUUAUAACGGUUAAAUUAUUUUUCACAAGACAUAUUGUUACAAAACAUUGUGCUCUCAUCAUAAUAUGAUAUCGCCGUAUCCGUGAACACGACGUCGAUGGAAUAUCGCCUCGAUACUUUUUAGAUACUCUGACUGCACAUUUCCAGUUCGCUAAUCUCGUCUACUUGUCCAUAAAUUGUCGUCAAAUUCGUGCAAAUGUCUAUUAUACAUAAAUUCCGGACUGUACGGCCUUUACUGAGGGGAUGCAUUCUGUCGGCCAGAGCAAGUUUUGCCGAGCUACGGUUCGGCGCGGCUAUAGAAACUCCAUGUCCCCGACCCCCCUACUUUGGAAUUUCGAAUUCCAGAGUUAACUUUAUUCGUUUGUGCUUUUUACCCUGUCAUUUGUGCUCAACUCCUACCCGAGUUAUCCGACUUUUAAAAUCGGGGUGGAUGGGAGAAGGCUGAGGACAUGUUUUGCCCUCCCCCACAGACAAGUUUUAGAUUACAGUCUCGAAGAAAAUUACUACUCGUUCGAUUAUUUUGUAUGUAUACGAAAAAAAAAAUGAUUGUACAUGUAUAAUAGUUAUUUUGGACCAGGAUUUAUAAUAAAUAUGGCAUCAUGCUGACGUAUUCAGUAACCGAAUGCAGGUAUCAAUAUGUAUUGAUUUUACUGUGAUGUAUGUGUGUGUUUUGUUUUGUUUUUUUUUUUUUUUUUGUGCGUCUGUAAACAACUUUUCUACCAUAGAAAUGUUUGCUCCGAUCGAAAAACUACAAAUUGCCGUCGAUUCGAUCGCGGUAACGGUUUUUGUGGAAGAUAAUAUUUCGUUUAAUAAACAUCGGACAUGAUAUAAACAGAAAAAAAAAAAAAAAUCCGUAUACAUUAAAAUUACACGUUUUGGUUUGCGCACGCCGAAUAAAAUAUGAUUAUUAUGCUGCGGGAGUUUGCGAAAAACACCUAUAAAUAGACAUACACGAAUGAUCGAAAUAAAUUACGUUUUUAUAUUAUACAAUUACGCGCACUGCGUAUAAUUUCGUCUAAUACAUACAUACGUACUUAUUAUUAUUGGAAAUCGGGGGAACAGAAAAAAAAAAAAAUUAAAAAAGGCGUAUAAUUAUUAUUGCACGGGUACAUACAUUUACAUAUUUUCAAAUAAGCAUUUUACUAUAUUAUUAUUGUGAAACGAUUUAAAAUUUCUGGAAUUUAUCCGAGUUAUACACGCGCGCGGCUGCUGUUAACAAAAUCGUUUUAACGUAUUUAUACCGUCUUUAAGCCGUCGCGACGAUUACAAAAAUGAACGUAGGUGCUCGUAUUAUUGUUUACAAACGCCGGUAAAUAUUAUAACGUCCGGACGGUUCGUGUCUACACGAUAUUAUAAUGUGGGCGACUGCAGCAGUCGUACGAGUAACCCUGCGCCAUAGCGUUAUUAUGUUUUACGAAUAAACAAAACACAUUUUAACUAUUGCCGGCGUAAAACGUUUCCGAGCGCGGUUAGUUCCGUAUUGAACUUCGUGUUUUGAAACGUUCGAUUUUUAUAUCUAUUUGACCUUUGAACGCUAAUAUAUAUAUAUAUAUAAAAUUGUUUUUACGUUUCGCUAACUUUUUUUCUUUCUUUUUUUUCACCAUUACAAGUAGAACUUAUAAAAAUGUAAGAGAAACCGUUAUUGCGCGAAUUCUCCCGGUACGCGACGGUUUUCCGCAAUUAUUAUUACAGAAAAUACGAGGGGAAUGAAAAAACGACUCUCCCACAAUGCGUUAACCACACGGAAAACCGCCUUUGAAGUUGACGAUCGGAGCAAGACUUCUGGUUGAAAAGUCGCACGCGGGGAGAACAAAAGAAAAAAAAAAAUGCCUAUGUUUUACGAUUAAACGAACUACGUCAAUGAAUCGUAUAUUUCCGAAUACCAGCAACGAACGCCGCGCGUAUGUUACAAUAAUUAUAUUUAAAUGUAUAAAACAGCGCUAAUUUAUACGUGAGUACGAUUAAACCGUACCGUUUCGUCGAACUCUAUAUAAUAUUUUUAGUAAUAACUAAUAAGGCUUGGGGGAAAAAAAAUUCGAUCGAGUGAAAAAAAAAAAACAACAUAAGAAUACAGGUUGUUCAACUAGAAUAUUUAUUUAUACGAGUUUAUUAUUAGUGCGGGUAUGGAUGCCAUCGCCCCACCACCACCACCACCAUCACCAUUAACUGUAAUCCGUCUCGAGUCGCAUAGCUUCACCGUAAAAGUAAAAAAAGAAACGAAAAGCAAAUCAUAUUGAAAACAGAAAUAUUUACUUACGAUUAUUUGACGGUAGAUUUAACAUCGUAUUAUGUAUCUAUAUAUAUAUACUAAAAGUUUCGCGACUCGACUUUUCAGACAAGGUGGACGUUUACGAAACAUUCAUAAAUCUGCAUUUAAUGAUAUCGAAUUCAAAAUAUAAUAUUUAACAAUAUGCGCAUUUAUUUAUAAGCUACUAACAAGUACUCGUAUAAGGGAAUAUAAUAAGUAGAUGGCACGUCAUCUAAUAUCCUCUAAUAGAGACAGUUUCUUUAUUUUUUAUAUAAGACGAUAAUAAUGAUGUGGCAUUUUUUCUUUCGUUGACAUCAAAAUGUUUCAAGAACUUAUUAGAUACUACGGGUAGUAUUUCUCUUUUUUAAUAUUCCGAGCGAAUCAAGUAAUGUAUAAUUGGUUCUAUAAUUAUAAAGUGUACUAUUUUUCUCUCUGUCUGAAAACGACGUUUUUAUCUGCAGGAAUCUUGUUCCAAUCAAAAUAAUGGAUAAACGAGCUUUUUAUAGCAUUUUAGAUGUUUUUAGUGUAAUGAGGAAGAAUAAAUUUUCCACCGGGGCGGAUACAAGACAAGAUAACUGGGAGAGGGGGGGGAAGGCGAUUUUGAAAAUUGCAAAAAGACACGACGAGCUCAAUAAUGAAUCAAGAAUAUAUAAUACAGCUAAACGUAUAUUUGGAAAGUGAACUGGAUCCGCACCCGUCUUUCACAGUAUAUAAACAAUACUGUUUGCCUACUGGAAUCAUCCACCCGAUCACCAGUAGGAACCCGGGUUGAUGACAACAACAACAAUGUUUGACAACCAACGUUUUCACCAACGAGGUCUCGGGUUUGCUAAGCCCGCAGCUUCAUAUGCCCCCCUGAGGUUAAACUUAAUCAUAUUACUAUUUAUCAUUUAUUCGUAUCUCUGAAUCAUACUAUGGUAUAUGGAAAAAAAAUACAUAAUUUUGUAUUAUUUCUAAAUUUAAUUAUAAUAGGCAUUUGUUUGCAUAAAAAUUAAGAAUACUACUGGAGUUUACUGAGUAUUUGGUACUAUUUACAAAAAUGAAUUUAAAAAUAUUAAGAUACACAAAGUUAUUUGAUUUACGCUACUAUAAAUUAUUGCUGUGGAAUUUUUACAAUUUUCGGCAGAAUGUUAACUUAAAAAAACUUAUAAAUUACGCAUUAUGCUAAACUUUUAACACUAAAUACAACAAAAAUGAGGAAAUUGAAACAUAAUGUGCCAAAUGGCGUGAUUUUUCAAUUCGAAUUUGAACUUUAAACGCGUAUAUUAUGUAUAAAAAAAAUUGCUUAGUUACUAUUCACAACAAAAAGGCAAAAUCGAUAAUAACGAAGCUAUUAUUUCCGUAAACUCUUCCGCUAACAUCAGUUAUUAAGAAAACGACUACAAGCUGAGAAUCAAAAAACCACUUCUCCCAUUGGAGAAGAUCUAACUUGGGCUGAAAUGGUAAAAGAGCUCACUUGUCAUUUUUUGAAUGGAUCAAGAUUUCUGGUAUAAAAGUUGAUAACAGAUAGAAAAAAAAUCAAUUAAAAACGCAUCAUUCUUGGAAAAAAAUUAUAAUAACAAUUACUCUUGUUAAAACAAUUUAAGUUCAUUGUCAUUUAAACGAUUCAAAUUACUUUUUUAUAAAUAAGUAUUCCAUACUAACAUAAAUAUAUCUUCAGAAAGAAAAGUUUAAGUGGAUUUCGUAUAGUUUUUAAUACGAGCAAAUUCAAUUUUUGAAAAUACAUACUUAUACAGAUAGCACACUAUCCAGAAAAAAAAAAAAAUAAAGUACUGAAAUUGCACGAGCAAAAAAACAAUGCCAAAAGUUGACUUAAGCCCUUCCCUUCUUCCCCGGCACCAAAGAUCGCAUGGUUUAUAACAUACAAUUGUAUGCACAUAAUAUUAUAUAGUUGUAUUAUGUUAUUUAUAUUUAUACAGAUUUACUCGAAUGCAAUAUUAUGCGACGGAUAUUGCAAAAUAUUAAUUAACAAGAAAAAAAAUAUGUAAACGUGGUUUAAAUUAACAAUUCCUACUUACCUAUUGUGCGUAUCUACGAAGGUAUCUAAAUGCAACUCGAAAAUAUCAAUUAACGUUAAAAUCUAAUAAUAAAAUAUUAAAAAGAAUAUAUUAUAUAUAUGUAUAUAGGUACACCUACUCGAAGGUAUACAAUGACCUCCGCGAUCUAUAUAGAUGUAUAGCAGGCUAUACGAUGAGUGUCGUACAUUGUAUUUCAUUACUUCUCCAACCACUGCAGUGCUUUUAAAAUAAGACGUUUCAAUUUUGUUUCGUACAGUGGCGUCAUUCGUGGGAUGCAAGGGUUAUGCAAAAUAUGCAUCCCGUGAAUUCGUUUGAACACGUUUAAAAUAUGUGUGGAUGCAGAUAUAAUUUCUUGUAAUUUUCAGAAUAAUACAAUUAUUUUGUAAUGAAUUACACAAAUAUAUUUGUUUGCAUUUCAUCGGAAUAAUUUAGCGAUAUUAAUCGCAUCGAUAGACAUGAUGAAACUGAAGUUUAAUAACUUUAUAGAUUAGCACCGGAUUUCUUUUCAUUUUUUUUUUUUUUUUUUUUUUUUUUUUUUUAUAUAUCAAAUUUAAUUUGAUCAGUAUCAGAAGACACAUAAACAUGGCAUAAACAGUAUAAUAAAUUAUGGAAUAGUGAAUUUUUUAUUUUAUUGUUAUAAAAAAUAUAUAUAAUAUUUUAUACCUAUUGAGUGCAUCCAGUUUGUGCAAUUUAUAUUAACAGUUUUAACUUUUAACGAGUACCCAAUCUACCUUUUUUCAUACCCAAUUCAUUUAUGAUUAUUUAAAAUACACGAAGGACGUACCGAAAUAGAUUUUUGACUAUUGUAAGUAUUAUUAUUAUGCGCUAUAAUUGAAAAAUCGAAUUUCGUAUGGAAAUUUAUUCAUUUUGUCAUUUACGUGGUAGGUACGCGAUCAAAGCCAGCGGCUUUGAUCGCGUUACUAAUAUUGAUAGCUUUACUAUUGAAUUUUCAAUAUUCGUUUUGCAUUCCGUGAAAAAAAUGCGAAAUAUGACGCCCCUGGUUUCGUGAAGUAUAUUGCAACGCAUGUAUUAUUCAAUAUUAUAUGGGUGUUGUCUCGAUUUAUACAUAUUUACAUGCGUAUCGUAUAAUUACCUAUACGAGCACACAGAACAACAAUUAUUAUUAUAUUCGUACAACGAAGAUAUUUAUAGACGUUAUGAUUUAACAAGUAGCGGUUUAUUUACAUUCGAAAAGACAUACUUAUACCUAAAGUACGGCUAGAAAAAUUUGAUUUUUUUUUUCGCAAUGCUGACACGUAAUUAUGACUUAAAAUUCUUCAGAAAGUUCCAGACGAAAUAGUUAUAACGAUACAGUAAUAUUGUAUGUAUUACACGUCAGUUGCGUACAGUGUAGGUAAUAGUAACUAUUCAAAAUUAAUUGAUGCAAUUGAAUGUAUUCAAUAUAUAUUAUAUACCUGCUAAAAAAAAAGGGUUGAUAUUUUUCUGCACAUGAGUGUGCCACUGUUUUAGGAGGAAAGUCGGUAAGAAUGUGAUACAAUAUUGUAGGGUAAUUUAUUUAAUUCGUCCUACGCAACGAUAAAUCAUUGCUAACGAAAAACGAUUUUGAGCACAGUAUUAUUAGUCGUUGGUAUCCGUUCCCUUGAUGUAGCCGAGAUAACCCGGUAACCAACAACAAUUAUACAAUCAAAAAAAAGCGAGUUUUUCCGAUUUAUUAAGGAAAACUACAAAGGAAAUCAAAAAAAUUACCUUCUUAAAAUGCCCUAACUAAAUCAAAAAGUCUACAAGAAAGUUCUAACAAAAGUUUUGAUUGGAGCAUAAUGUUUGGUAGAAAAAUUGUCAACAGAUAUAAAAAGAAAAAAAUACAGCACAGUAAAGUUAAUACAUUCUUCGCUCAGAAUCUAAAAUAUUCCAUUAUUUCUAUAAUAUUUUUUUGAAUAAUAAAUUGUUUACAAACAAAGUCAUAAACAAUUCUCAUAUUACUGCAGCAAGCAUAAGUGUUACCUAAUAAUAUUUACUUAUAUUUAGACGCUAGUACCGAUUAGGGUUUAAUACUAUACCUAAGUAAUUCAUAUAUUGUAAUUUUUAACGAUAUUUAGUUAUCACCAUCCUCAGACUGUAGUUAUUGAGUUUAUGUACGUUUCAUUGUUAUGAAAAAUAAAAAUACAAAAUAAUAAUAAUACUAUAUUCACCUUGAAACAAUUAAUAUCGUUAUAGGUUAGUGAUUUUCUUGCGAUUUCCGCGAUUAUAUAAACGGCACGUCGCGUUUUUUAUGCGUGGGGGUUUUUAUAUUCAUGUUAAUUCAUACCUAGCAAAAUCAACAAUAAAACCGCGUAAACAAUAACUGAUUACAAUCAGUAGCGUGCUCAGCGUAAUAUGACAUAAUAAAGUAUAGAACAAUGAGUGUAAACGAUUGCGAUACGAUAGUUUUUUUUUAUUGAAUAUUGCCACCAAAAUAUUAUUAAUACAAAAAUACAGUGUAUAAUAAUAAUACGGGAAAUUCAUGCAAAGCUAAAUGAGAUGUUAAAAAAAAACCAAAAAAAAAAAAAACACAAGGGAGUUACUCCAGACUCUCUAUCACCGCAUCAAUUUAUCGGUAUUAUACACCGCUUCCAAACGUACACCGUAAACUCGUUAUAUUACAGCCGUUUAUCUUCUUCGUGGCACGCAAAAAUCAGUGGUGUGAGCAGAGGGAUGUAAGGAGUACCGAUAUUCCCCCUGAUCCCAUUGAAUUUUAAAAAAACUUUGGAUUUGUUGUUAGUUGUUUUAUCAUGAAAUUAUAAAUUUCACAAUGCCCGAUUUCCGAGGGCAAAGUUUGAAGAAGUUUACAUUAUCCGGGUAUUGUAUAAAAUGCCCAACUAGAUUUGGGCAUUGUAGAUUAAAAAUAAAAUAAUACAUCUUAGUUCUUUAAUAAACAUACAAACUUGCAAUAGACGCCUCAAUUAUUAUCCAUUGAAUUAUUUAAUUAUUAAACAAAAUAUAAUGUUAAAUACACAGUAUUAAAUUAUUUUAUUCACUAUUACAUAUAUUAAAAUAUUAAAUAAAAUUAAUAAUAAUAAAAAAGAUACUGGGGAUGGGAGCGCCCACUGUUGUAGGUGAGAAGUUGAAAGGAUAGGAUACAUAAGGUUAUUUCAUUUAUAUCUGUAAGCAACGAUAAACCAUUGCUUGACGAAAGCCGAUCCCAAGAACAGUCCGGUAAUACAUAAUUUAUAGUGCCGUAUUUUUUUUAUUUUUUUUUUUGCGAUUUUCGUUGAAUUUGAUUUCAAAACGCUUAUUAAAAAUAAAAGUUGUCCGAUUAUUUUGGAAAUUUUACCACAUCUAGGUAAGUCCAAUAUAAGUAUUAUUACCAAGUUUCAAGUUUUUACGUGUAUUUAUAACCGAAUUACAGCAAAAAAACUACCAAAAAUUAAAAUUCCUUAAAAACUCAAAAGUGGCGCAAAAGUUUUGGCGAUGAUACAGUAAGAAAGUAAAUCAAAAAUAUAACAAAAAAGAAAUCUUAUGAUUUUUCGAUUAAAUAAUUUUUUCUGUUAGAAAACGUCGUCUGUGUUUUUAUAAAAUAAUGAAAUCGUGAAAUUGUACGUUUUUCCCACUUAAGUGCUUUUAUUUAAAAAUGGCGUCGAAAAUCAAAAAAUGACAUUCUUUAAAGUACAAUUUAGACAAUUUGAGCUUUCAGAAAAAUUGCUAUAUGUAAAAAUCGGAGCAAGUUUACUAGGAAAAAACGUAACUAUAGACUAGAAGAAAAUAAAAAUAAAAAAUGAUCAUUUUAGUAGAACCCUCCCUCGCUACACAUCCUCCUUCCCAUUGGAAAUUUCUGGGCUUACCACUACGUAAAAUAUAUUUUUUUUUGAUACACCAAUGUAGCUGUAAACGUUAUCAAAACCACAUAUUUUUCUAUUAUAAACACCGCAAACUAAAUUAUCGUUGGUAACAUGGCCAUGUUUUUUGUUGACGGUUGGAUGUUUUGGAAUUUAGGAAAGGUAUGAUUGCGAAUAAACGCGAUUUGAAGAUAAAGUAUACAUACUUAUCUAAUGUAUACCUUAAAUAGCGUAGAAUCGUUAAACGGUUCAGAUUGAACAAAAUAAUAAUAUGGUUAACAUUUAAAAUUUUGUUUUACUGAUUUAGUCAACGUUUCGACUUAAAAAUCAUAAAUGAGUCGUUAUAUAUUAAACAAAAAAAAAAAAAAAACCGUCCAGAGGGAUAUAAUACCCCUUACUCCCCUUCGCCGUAACUACGCCCCUGAUUUUCAUCACUGAAAUAUAACGUAAUAAAAUAAUAAUAAUCGGUUUUAUCCAUCACUCGCAAACGUAAACCGUAAACUCGUAUACUGUUACAACCGUUUGUUUUUCGUUUAAAAAUAUACAUAAAAAAAAAAACUCGUCUAUUCAAAAUCGCGUUUUAAUCGGUCCGAUUACCGCGGCCGGUAUACCGCUAUAUUUUAUCGUCGAUACCGGAAAAUCUCUGGAAACCGGCCGGUAUAUCUACGUUUAUAAAAUAAUCGUUAUUUGUUAGCCGUAUUACCUUUAGCUACGAUAUAAUUAUAUACAUUUCCUCGUUGAAUCGUGAUGCGACCGGUGUUAAUUUCAGGAAAGGGGCGUUCGACCUAACCUAACCUAUUCCGAUCUCGGAGAAAAACUUAUUCAUUCCCCCAUUCCUCCUUCGCCCCCCCCCCCAGAAAAAUCUCCUUGCUGAAAUUUACAUCUUUAUUGUGAGGCUGGGCAAGUUAAUGAUUUUAUUCAACUCAGUUAAGUUAAAUUUAAAUAAAGUUAAUAACUAAAAGUUAAUUCAAAAUAAUUUAUCAAUUCAACUAAGUUAGAAAAAGUUAAAAUUAAUUUUUUAACUUCAGUUAACUUGAUUAAAAAAAAAAAUGCAAAUAUUGUCUAUUAUCUAAUAUAAUAUGACCUAAUAAUCUAUCCACAACUCCCGACCGGUGACUGCAGUAAAAAAUAACAAGGAUUCAUAACAAUUUGUAUUUUAACAUGUUGAUAAUAUUAAUAAUAUACACUUAUAUAGAUUAUACGAGCAUACAAAUAAAAAUUGAAAUCAACUUGUUUAAAUAUAAAAUUAACUCAUUUAGUUAAUUCUUUUGUAUUCUUCAAGUUAACAAUUGAGUCAAUAGUUCAAAAAAAAAAAAAGUAUUAAUUAAGUUAAAAAGUUAAUUUAACUUUUUAACUUAUUCGUUCGUUAAUGCCCAGCCUUGCUGUAUUUUAAAUUACCGCAGUAAUAUAAUAUAUAGUAGUAUAGUAUCAGUGAAUUUAUAAUUUUGUCAUACACGAAUUGUAUAUUUCGGUAAAGACGAUUCUGUUAAUUGUGGAACUCGAUUAACUGGUUAUAGAUAGCGUUAGACAGCUAGGUAUGCCGUUUUGUUCCCGUUUAUAACCAAGCGAGUCCAAAAAUACGAAAAAACAAAAUUCCAAAAAUCAAGUACUCCUCAUAUCAUACAAUUAUAUAUUAUAGAAAUUGAAAUUUUAAAAUCCGUCUUCGAUUUUCAAUAUUAUUGCCCGAUCUACGGUCCGUUUGGGUUACUCAAAAUUUCAGGAAAUUUGGACUGGAAGGUGGACCCAGAGAAUACUGAAAGAGGUUUUCUUCGGCAUGGUGAUCUCGACAGCCGUGAAAAAUAAAAUAAUAAUUAUAACACGAUGAGUUUUUAAAAUUUUAUUUUUUCUUUUACACUUCAGCACCUCUCUGCUAACUUUUGUUUUCGAUAAUUUAAACGCCGGACAUAGCCAUAGUGAUACACGUAAACGAACGUAUUUUAAAAACUGCGGACCAGUUUAUUAUCGCUGUGAAAAAAAACAACAGACCACGGCGGCGGCUUUGUUUUUCUCUCUCUCUAAAUGAGUUUUUCUCUCUAAUAAUAUUAUGUCUGUGCUAUUGUACAAGCUAAAUCGCUCUAUAGCUAUAGUAUAUCCUUUACCUCUCCGACUUUCCGCCUACAACAGCGGCCUAUUCGCCCCUUUAUUACAUACCCUUAUAUUGGCGCAAAGUACGUCCGGCUUUUAUUAUUCUUGCUAUUAAUCACCGUUCUUCGCGUACCUACCUACCUGCCUAUCCGCCUACCCGUCUCACCCGAGCAGCAACCGCGCAUUGUAAUAACAUUCUCGGUGUUAAAAUGGCAUACGGCACAAUGGUUUUUGUUCGAGGACGACGACGGUGACGCCACAAACACCGCGUGAAUAAUAAUAAUAAACAUAAUAUCGUUAAGUCCUUAGGCGUAUUAAUUAUACGAAGGUACAGUACUCAUUGUCGUUUAAUAUGCAAUACAAUAUUACAAUAUAAUCGUUAUUAUUACACCGGCGACGACGCCGCGAAAUUAUGUUUUCAUUGUAUUGGAUUCAAAAGUCGCCGCGACGAUGACGAUUUUCGGAUAUUUUCUUCGCGGGACGCAAAAAUAAGUGGCGGUGUGCGCAGGGAGAACGUGGGGGGGGGCAUAAGCGUGACUAGGUGAUUUUCGAACGAGGUGCAAACAAAUAUUCCAUACUCCGCCCCAUCGAAAUUUCUCCGGAACCUUUAAAAAAAAAAAUAAUAAUAAAAACUAAUUGCUAUAAAGUAAUUUAAUUAUGUUUCAUAACACUAAACAGUCUAAAGGUUAUUUAUGUUUUUUUUUUUAACACUUUAAAUUCUUCAAUGAUUUCAUUAUAUAGGUAAUUUCGGUCGCGAGUACAAAUAUUAUGAAAAUAUGGAGUAAUCUCCUGCUUGCGUCAUCAAAUUUCCGUUUACUGGAAUAGCUUGCGCUUCGGAAGUUCGUAUUAUAAGUUGAAAGUACUUUAAAUAUAUUUGAAAAAACGAUAAAUUGUUAUCAUUUUUGUAGCCAGCUAUGCAUCGUUCUUGUCGUGAAUUCUUUUUCAAGAUGUCCAGGUGCUUUUACUACGUGCAUUUUAGACUUAAAUUAAUCAACGUUUGAUAACAAUAAGUGAUAAUACAUCCCUAGUAUACCUAGUUUCACACAUAGAGAACAAUAUUAGUAGAUAUUAAACUUUUUCAGCUUUUUUUGUAACUAUAUUUUAUUAGUUUACUAUAUUAUAUUUUCCAACUUAAGAAUCUUGACACGAUUCUCAGGUUGUACAAAAAAAAAAAAAAAAGCUCGAUUUACUCAAUAAAAAUUGCCUUUUUUUUAGUUAAUAUGUAUAACAGAAGACGAUUCUAUACGAUUUAUUCUUGAACCACGAUUGUUAUUUUUACUGUAUUAUCUUCUUUUGAAAAUUUCGGGGCACGCCACUCCGUAAAAUCAAUCUAUUCAAAUGUACCUGAAAAUGUUAUCAAAGUAGUGCAAAGUAUUAUCUACUCCUAAAAAAUCCAUCUACGUUUAUAUUAUAAACGUCGUGAACGAAAUUACUGUUGGUAAACACGGCCAUGUCAUUAUUGAUGGUUGGACGUUUCAAGAUUUUUUAAAGGUAUACUUAUUUAAUUUACUUAUAGUUUAAAUCCUGUAGAAUCGCAUUAAAUUAAAAACGGUUGUCAACGAUUAAAACGACUUUAAAACGUUUGACAAGAAAAUAUUUUAUGUGUCUGAAAUUGUCAGAAAUGACGUUUAAAAUUAUUUUUCAUUUACUUAUAUUAAAAUAAAUUCAACUUAUGUCAAACCUUGUAUCGAAUUUUUAAGCUUUUCACCGAGCGAAAAAAAUAAUUGUUUUAUUCACAUAAAUCAACAAGACACUGAUUAUCUCGAAUAGUAUUAACAUUUUUUUAAAUUUGUUUUUUUAGAACAUUUUAGGAAAUAAGUAGCUCUAAAAUGUUAUAUAACUUAUUUUUUGUCACCCUUAUUGGUUUAACUACUACCUAAUUUUGAUUUUCAAAUGGUAAACUCACAUUGAAAGUUAUUUUAAAACUAUUUCUCUACCUAAACUUAAAAGUAUAAUAUCUCGUCAACGGUCAACGAGUUGACGGAAAUCAAAAAUGUCAACACCAAAAAGUAUUAAAACUAAUACUCCGUUUAUUUGUCGAUUUUUUAAUACAGGUUGCCAUUUGAAAAUCAAGAGUAGGUAGUCGGUUCAUUCUCGAUAAUAAGAGCAAUGACAAAUAAUGAUAACGUAACAUUUUUAGAAUAUAAUGAUCACAAAAAGUUUUCAAAUUAGUAAUUUAUUGAAAAAAUAAAUAAUUCAUGGACAAUUCGAUUGUAAAAUGACAUUUGAAAGACCGUAUAUCAAUCUAAAAUUAUUUCCUAAAGCUAAGUCCUUGUUUCUUAAAUGUAUACAAAUUUCGAAAAUAAUUAAUACUUUCCGAGAUGAUUAGUGUUUUGCGUUACGUCGAUCAUUGUUUAAAAUAGGUAAAUUUAUUGUUGUAUAAAAUAUAUUGAAUGGAAAUACGAAUUAUGGCAACGAAUAUAAGUGAUAUUCUCCUUCUUCGGGGGGGAAUUGUUCCGUACCGGUAUUUUUCGACGGAACGAAAAUUAAUACGUAAACUAUCGACUACCGUCGGAUUUACCCGUUACAUGCGAGUUACGGCAGUAUAUUAUAUGGUUUUGUGGGUCACCGAGCAAAAUGUUGGAACAUCGCCGCCGUCCCGUUGCGAUAUAAAUCCAAAGUUAUUAAUACAUUCAUAGAUGUUAUGAUAUUGUAACGAUGAAUAAAACUUGAGUACCAAAAAAAAAAAACAAAUUCAAAUCACUACUAAUGAAUAAUAACAAAACACGACGUAAUUUAACGUGGGUUUACCUACAGGUUAGGUUGUUGUGAUUAUAGAUUUUGAGUGAAGCGAGGAAUUUAUUGGUUUUACAAUGUUUUUUUUUGUGUGCCUUUUCCAGAAAUUUCGCUCCAAGAAACUUUCUUGUAGAAUUUUUUUUCUAGUUGGUGCAUAAAGGAGCAUAUUUUUUGUUUUUUUUUUCGUAGUUUUCUUAUGGUAAAUGGGAAAAACGUGCAAUUUUCUCGUAUUAUUUUCGUUAAUUUCUGAGUUACUUUGGUAACAAAAGAAAGAAUACGACAAUUAAUAUCUAUUAUGGUUUGCUCAGAAUCAUUUUUCGUUACUAAAGCGUGCAAAUAUAAAUUAAAUUACCCCGUACGUCAUAUACCAUUUCUUUCAACUUCCCUCUUAAAUGCUAAAACAGUGCCACGUCCAUCAGCAGUAUCAGACAUUUUAAAUAAAAACUAUAUAGAUUAACGCUCGAAAUAAUUAUGUGUAUUAUAAUUACCUGGUGUUAGAUAAUAUGUAAUACAGAAAUUAUAGACUGAAUUUCUCCCUUACCAUGUAGAUACUUAAACGUAGGACUUCCACUAAGUUAUUUAAAUCAUUAUAAUUUAUACUAAAAAUAUAUUUUUAAAAUUGUUUUAAUUAAAUUUUUGCUUAACCUUCUCCUCGCCUUAUCUUAUUUACUAGAUAUUCACCUCUGAAUUUAUUUAUAUAGUGUAGUAAUACCGCACUAAAGCAUAUAGUAAAUCAUUUUUUUUUUUUUUUUGAACCGAUUAGUUUGUUACACGAUUGUGUUUGCAUGCAUUUUUUGCGGUUUGAUAUAGUUGAAAAUAAUCUAACCUAACGGUUUUGUCGUAUUUUAAAAAAAAAAUUUAUAUAUAUCAUUAUUCUUUUGACUGUUCAAAAAAAAAAAAAUAAUAAUAUUAUUAUUAUUAUUUUAAAUAAAUCACUACAAUAGCAAUAAUAUCUUCUAAAAAUGGCGACUUUUGAAAAAUAUCAUAUUACGUUUUUUUAAUUAUAUAAUUGAGUUAUUGGAAUUUUUUUUUUUUUUUUGCUUUGUUUUUGGGGGAAGUUGUAACAAUGCAACAUACAUAUUAUUCAGUUGAAUUUUUUUCCCGUCUUUAUAUGCUGGAAAAUAGGUUUUCCUGUAAAAGUACGUGACAAAAUUGGAACUGUUAUCGACAGUUUAGCAUGAAAAUAAUAUUCUAUAAUUAUAAGAUUAAAAGUUCAUAUUUCAUAGUCAAGAUACUACAUAAUAAUAUAUUAUAAUGUGUAGGUACUCAAGUCCGUCAUCCAAUACACUAAAAACCGUUAAAACGAUGACGAGAAUUUUUUUUUUUUUUUAUAAUCGUAAACAAAAUAUCGUUAGAUUGGUAUCGUUAAUGUUACACGAGGUUUGUGUGGGUUUUUUUUUAACACACUUCCCGGAACGAAGAUGGACGCGAAAUUCGAACACGAAACCGGCGGCGGUGUUCGGGUCAUUUUGCAAUGAAACAUUAUUAUUAUAAUAUAUUCAAUUAUCGCUGAUUAAUAUUUAAAUCUUCCAGUAAAUAACUGUAUACCUGAAUCGAUAAACACGUUAGUAACGUUCCUGUCAUAAUGUUAUACGAAUAUACACGGCUAAAAACUGUUCGUUUAUAGUGUUUUUAUAAAAAAAAAAAAUACAUAUUUUAUUCGUUUUACUUGUGCUGCAGAGUGAUCCGAUUCCUCGAUAGACGCUAAUUAUCUCGGAAAAUAUUAAUCCUGUUCUUUGGAUUCGUUUUUUUUUUUUUUUCUACAAUUUAUAAAACAAUCGGCUCUAAAAUGUUACAUUAUUGUUAUUGCCGGGGAUGAAACCGAUUUAGAUUUUCAAUUAUAGCAACCGAUUUUAAAAACCAGAUAAAUAGAUGAAUUUUUAGUUGAAAUACAUUUCGGCGUUGACGUAAUAUUAUUGAGAGUAACCGAUUGUCGACCGUUGUUGAUCACUCUGUAUAUAGAUUACGUGGUAAUUGAAAUAUUAACGAAACUAUAAAUUCCUAUUAAGAAUCCCCCGGUCCCAAAAGCCGCGGAACGAUGCUUACCCAAAAGCCACUAUGCUUCAGCCCGUAUACUUAUGUACAACAACAGUUAUUUCCGUGUAGAUUACCUACUGUAAAUUGUCAUCCGGUGCAGUGUUUUUUUUUUUUUUUUUUUUUUUCGGGCGCCGAAAUCCCUAAUACGCCUCUGCGGUGUAAACGAUUUAAUACGAUAUGCAUAAAAUGUCGUCCAUUGUGUUGUAACUGUUAUGACUCGCACAACGUGAUGUAGUCGUAUUAUAGUGCUGCAAACGCAAUUGCUAUUUACCAAUAAUAUACUUUACAUUAUUAUUAUUACUUAUCGCGUCAUUUUAUUACCGUACGAACGCCGCGGAUUCUUCGGAUAUAUAAUAAUAUAUUAUUGAGAAAACUAGAGACCGUGUCGGUGGUAUUAUUAUUAUUAUUAUUUUUUUUUUUUUUCCGUUCGUUCGUUCGUUCGUUAUUCCGUCUCGAUUUAAAACGGGGCAGAAAAAAAAAAAAAAAAACGCAACACUAUCUAAUGGCGUAUAGUUAACAUUAAAUUCUAUAAGCACGUCUGAGGUACUGUUGCUCGUGUUUUUUUGUUUUGUUUUUUUGUUUUUUAUUAUUUAUAUAUAUUUUUUUUUUCGACCUAUCUUAUUUUCACACUCGUACAGUCGCCGUCUCGUCGUGGCCCGGCGUGGGCAGCAAACAGCAAGCAGCGGGCACAGCAAGCAACAGCAACAGUAACAGCGCGCGGUAUAUUGCGUAGUCGUUAUUAUUUGUAUCCGUUUCUUUUCGCGUCGUCUCGAAUAAGUGGACCGAGGAAAAACGACGCGAUUUAUAAUAUAUUACUGGAAACCUAUAUUAUUGUAUGCAUCAAAAGCGCCCGGCUAUAAUAUGUGUUUAAACAACGAUGGACGCAAAACGCGACAAUGUCAAUAUUAGAAUAUCAUUUUUCGCGUGUUCGUCGCAAACACGACGGCCGACCACCGUGCCUCCGGAGAUCGUAAUUAUAGUGUCGGCCGAUCCGGACGAAAUUGCGUCGGGCCAAACUUCACGAACCAUUUUGCAAUAAAAAUGCGAGUACGUAGUGUAAUUACGAGAAACGAGGGUGAAAAGCUUCGAAAGUAUUUCUAACGGUCCGUGUUUCCCGAAAUCGGCGUACGGACACAUUCGAUUUCGACCCGUCCGAAAUAAAUAAAUGCGAAAAAAAAGACGGACAUAUUUCGCGCGUGGAUGCAGCCACUGUUGCAGGCGGGACGUUGGGAAGGUACGAAAGGAAUUUAACGACGAACCGUUGCUAACGAAAAAACGAUUCUGAGCGGAGUUCGGUUGAUAGUGAUGCUUUGUCAACAAUACAAUAUAUCAUCUUAUGUCAUAUUAUUGUAAAAUGAUUAAAACAUUGUGCGUUUCCACGAUAACAAUGAUUGUUUAAAAAAUAUUAAAAUAAUAAAAACUAAAUAAUAACAAAAAAUAAAUAAAAACGGUUACCAAUGACGACCUUAUAUUAAAUCUUUCAAUCUUUUUUAACCUAAAGACCGAUGUAUUCCUACUAUAUAGUACGAAUUUCAAAAAAUGACCUAUUUAAAGUACAAUCCAGAGAAAAUUUCCUUUCGGAAAAUUGUACUAUACUUGAUAAUCAGAGUAUUCUUUCUGGUGGAAAAAGUGUUCACAUAAAAAAAUAAAAGGAAUUGGGUAUUGGGAUAGGUCCCCGGACUGUUCCAAGUGAUUUCGAAUCUAAUAAACGACUGAACUUUUAUGGCCUGGGCCGAAAUUUCUAAACGGCCUGCUCAAAACCUCGCACACCCGAAAAGAAAACCGAAAUGUCGCCCACGCGCAGUAUUUACGACCAAUAUAUUUUCAAUAGUACUAAUAUAGGUACGUAUAAUAUUAUGAUACACACAAACAUAUUGUUAUGGAUGACCAGACGUUGUCAUUGUCACCGUCCGACUGUCGCCUCGUAACCCUUGGGACACUGACGAGAAUUGAUUGAUAUUUUUGCUUCACACUCUCAUACCUAUAUUUUAUGUGUUUAUCUUUAUUAUUAUAACGUCCUCCGGCCGAAUUCAGUGUAAUGCCUUUUCCCCUGACCACCCGAUGACGUGUUACCUCACAUUAUUACCUCGUGUUCUCGUCGUCGACCCCGAAUAAAAACGCGCGCAACGCGCAGCGUUGUUAACAUACAAAGAAUAUUUUUCUCGGCGAGUAUAAUAUUACAUUCACUAUAUUUCGUAUACAUGUACCACGUUCAUGUACGAUCUACGCACUAAUUUAAUACGCAGUAAAUAACCACUUUAGUUAAUGCGUAUUAAUGUGUGGGUUCACAAAAUAUUUGAACUUAACUCGUAUUAAAAAAUAUACAAUGUAUACGAGUACAUAAAUAUUCGAUUCCCGCCAAAAAUAUUAAUUCACUUACCGUUUACACGCAUUUCGUAAUACCAGAAUGCCAGAGUUAGAAGUUAAUACGGUUUGACAAAUGUACAAAUAUAGUAUAGUUAACUUUUAUAAAACACAUCAAGGUAACGCGUAUUUAACGCGCGUUUAUGUAUACAUGCAUAACUAAAUACGAAUUAGGCUAAUACGCAUUAGCGACUCCGUAUAAGCGUGGUACAUAAUUUGAACAUCCCCCCCCCGUUUAUAAAUAAUAUCAGCGGAAAUUCUCUUCCUCUAAUUUUUCUCUUAACACAUUUCGAUUGCAGUAAAUGACAAUAAUGAUUAAUAACGGUAAAAAUAGUAAUAAUAAUUACAAAAUUAUUUUAUAUCAUCGCAACAAAUAUUGGAUUAUAUUACAAAUCAAAAAAAUUACUCAAAAAAUACUAGGAAAAGUAAAUCGGAUAACAUAAAAUAUUAAAUAUUAUAUACUUAAUAAAAUAUAAUUCAAUUUUGUUAUGAUUUUUUUUUUUAAAAUUGUUUUAGACGAUUGAAUUGUUAAAACUAUUAUAUUAUCAUCGUUUUCCAUGAACAAAGUGUGUAUGAGAAAAAAAAAUGUCCUAGUGGCUAGUAUUAUUGUAUUUCGAGGAGAAGGUCUCCGCAGAAAAAUGUCCUAGAUGCUAUUAUUUAUACCAUUCAAAUAAUAAUGAAAAUGUUUUCGUGGGACCUGAUGGAUAUCGUAUCGGCGAAUUAAUUUAUUCCUAUUUUUUUCCCGGCUUAUUAACUAUGUGAAAAAAACUACAAUAACAUGCCCGAUAAAUAUCUGUGGCAUAGGUAUAAUUAAUUAGUAAAAUAAUACACGAAGCGUAAAUUGUUUUUAGAAAUUAACUUUUAUAAUGGGAUUUCAUAACGAUAUUUUCUUUCUUUGUCUAUAAAACAGCGCAUAUUAUGUAUAAUAGCAUAGCGAAUUAGACAGAUUUUCCUUCAAUAGGUCCGAUCGAUGUAACGGUGAUAAGCAAUAAAUAUAAUCCUGAAAAGGUUUGAUGCGUGUAUGAGAUCGCGACGAGGCAAUUUUUCGCGAUACGUCUGUCCGUAUAAAUGCUCCAUCUCUCGUAUGUGGUUGCGUGUUUUGAAUUACCGUUUUAACUUAACGGUUAGUUAAGCUCUAAAAAGGCCCCUUAAUUUCUCCAGCGUUAUACCGUGUAAUCGAUUUCGAUUAAGAUACUAGAAUAUCAUGCUACUCGUGUAGACUAUCCGGUUUGUUUAUCGAAAUCAUUUUACAACACGAGCUGUUUUACUCGUCGGGCACCUUACGCUACUUCGAUACUCCGGUUCGUAUUGGUUUAUCGGUCGAAAAUAGGUCUGAACCACAAUUCACGACGCGUAAAAUGGAUACGCGCCAAAGGCGAAUAAAAAAAAAUGGAUAUUCUCUUGAAAUCCCUUAAAUUCCCUUAAAUUAACUAGUUACUUAUUCAGAAGAAAUACAAAACGGACACCUCCCUUAAUGUGACGUUAAUACUUUCCGAGCGAACGUUGCACAAAAGUAUCGGAAUAUCGCCAAGCGGGCGGACGUUAAAAACCGCGACACAACCGUGAUGAUUUAUUUACAAAUGAUGAUGACGGUUACCGGGUUCGGAAUUCCGCAAUAAUAUUGCGCAACACGUGCACGACAUGCAAGGAAGCCUAAUACACCCGGACGAAAAUCCAAACGAAAAUACCGAUACAUUAUUAUAUUGCACAUAUAUAAAUUAGAUGCCGCGUAGAGCGUAACCAGAUCUAGCCGGUGUAGGCAUACACCGGGCCUGUGUGUGAAAUGUUAAUAACCGGGCGAUAUCGGUGUUUUGUUUUGUUUUGUUUUGUUUUUUUUUGUAUUCAGUUUAAAUUUUAACGAAAACCGACGUUUCACGUCCCGCUUUUCGAUUUUUUAUGUGAAUAUAAUUUUUUCGGCCGAGCCGAAAUGUUUGACAAUUUAACACAGGGUACAUCGUUUGGCCGUACUCGAUGGUGGGAAUAGAAACGCUUUGUGUUGUAAAUUUCGAUGAAGAGAUUUGGAAAAAUGACGGUAUCUGAAAGCAUACGUUAUUAUUCAAUCGAUCUUCACUAAUAAUCGUUUUUCGUCACCAGCGAUUUAGUGUUGUGUACAGGUAUACAUCAAAUAACUGUGUAUCCGCAUUCAGGAACGGAUCCAGAGGGGCCUAGGGGUCCAGGCCCUCCCCAGACAUAUUAUUUCUCCAAUAUGCUUUUGUUUAUAAGAAAUCCUGAUACUACUAUAUUCCAAUCACAGAUAUGUAUGAUAGGUUCUAAUUAAUUAUAUAUAUAUAUAUAUAUAUAUAUAUUAUAUUAUAGGUAUUGUAAUUGUAUUUGUGUAAAAAAUUGUUGGGCUCCCGCCUAGAUCUUUGCUCCGGAUCCGUACCUGUCUAUACACUCCCAACUUUCCACCCAUAUACAAUACCCGUAAGCAGUGUGGGAUCUUUAUUUUAUGUCUGUUAACAAGUUUUCUACCACCAGAGAUCUUCAACUAAAAAACGGUAAUUGAGCAUUUUUUGUAACAAAUUUUGACUAGUUGCUGCAUUGAGGGGUAAUAGUUCGAUUUUUCUUGCAGCUUUCUUAAUAUGAGGAAUUCCCUAGUUAUUUUUUUAUAUAUAUAUAUAUAAACGAUUGAAGUUCAAAUCAGAUGAAAAUCACCGUAUUUCGCCUGAUCGAUAGAGUCCUACAGCGAUGUGCAGAAAUUACGUGCCUAAGAAACAUUUUCGUUAAGGGCGGACGGAAAUAAUAAACGGUCUCUCAAUUUAACAAAUUGAAUGACGAAAAAUUACAAGCUAUUCAGUAUAAAAAAAAAAAACAAGUUCUCUGGGAGGGAAAGACAUGAACAUCUGUUACCCCCACCCUCCUAUUCAGCAAUGCCACUGAUGUUACAGUAACAGAAUUUAUGAAAAAAUAGCCCUCCUCCGGUGUAUAUUUUUACAAACGACAAAAUGCGUAUCGAAUGCGCACUAGCUGUCGUUGCAUACGUUAAGGACGCCAACAAAACGUGUUAUACUUAUACGGACGCGUGUAAAAUCCAUAGACCAUAUGUUGAGAUUUGAGAUUAUAAACACACACACACACACAUACGCACGCAUACACACAUCGCGCAUCGGUGACGAUCGUACGCUACCACAUAACAAUAUAAUACACACGAUGUAUCUACACAUCAAUACACAUCGUAAAUAUUAUUACGAUUUACAAGAUAAUCGUAUUGAAACCUGCAGUUAAACAACGCGCGUAAUCAUCGGUCGAGACGCGAGUAAAUGGAAAAUAAUAUUAAAAAUAUUAAUUUAGAAUUCAACCUUAAAAAAAAAAAAAUGGGCUUUUUUGUCGUUGUAUAUUAAUUGACUCGAGAUUUUUUUUUGUUUUCGUCGAUAUGCCGAUUAAAAACUCCUUCCUGCCCUCUCCCUCGCCAAUAGCUGUACGAUUCAAUUUCGGGGGAGAAAGAGAGGGGGGGGGGGUUUGAUAGUACCUAUGAUAUAGUAUGGCUUGAUAUAAAGUGGACAGUUUACGAAAAAGUAUAUAGUUUAUAGCCUCUGGUACCGGAGGUAAUAUUAUACGAAUUGGUUCCUAUAGACUACCCGGGCGAACCGAUUCGGUAACUGCAGAGUACCGACUCGUAUAGACGUCCUUCGUUGUCGAAAAGGAGAUUUGUAUUUGUGUAGUUUUAUAUUCCUAAAUCUCAUCGCGAAGACGACGACGACCGCGACGGGAGGCGAAACAAAAUUCAAUCGGAACGGUUUAUUUUUUUUCUUUUUCUUUUUUGCGGCGGUGACGCGAACACCAGUCAAUCGACUUACUGUAUAUAUAGGUACUUGCUACUUACCUAUACUCGGCGGCGGUAUUUUAUUUUCACUUUUAAACGCGCGUUACUAUUAUUAUACUGUUUAAUCUUUAGAAACCUAGGCACAUAAUAUACCUACACAUUUGACAAUAAAGAACACGAAUGUACACACGUUUCGGAUUUAUAAUAUAGUUAUAGCAUCCGAAACGUAUGGAAUUUUAACGUUACUAUAAACAGGGUAGCGGGGGAUAAAAAAAAAUACACACACAUACGAUUUAUUUAUGUCAUAAAGUAGUUUUCACUUUGAGCGCAUUUUCGUUUUAGACGCCCCGCGAUACUCCUAUACCUAUAUAGGUACGCAUCGGGCCGCCGCUACGUUAAUAUAACUAUAUUAUAUAUUGCGAGCAGAAUAAAAAGAGGCCCCGUGGAAUUCACUGUAAAUGUUAGAUAAAUUACCCCAUAUCGGCCAUAUUGAAUUGGCUUCCGAGAAACGAAUACUGUUGAAUCGGUUCAAUACAAUUUUAAAAAAAACGUUACUGCCAUUAAAAAUCCGGUGGGUAAAUUCACUAAAAGAGCCGUCCAAGCUAAAUGUAUUACGAGAAGCUCUAAUAGAAAGAAAUAUUCGAGAAAACGUGCAAUUUUUUAAAUCAUCAAAUUCGAAAUGCAUGACGUCAUACAUUUCGACUAAACAACUGCACUAUAACAACGGUAUUCUGUGUAAUAUGCAGAUUCCGAAAAAUGUAUACUAUAUCCUUAGUAGAUGGCCACCACGUCGCCGCUAGCUCGAGAAUAUCCGCCGCCGGUAAAAAUAUCGACUAAAUAAUCCCGGCUCGGGUUUUAUAGCACUGAAAAUAACUGAAAUAUGCGCUAUAGCAUAAUGACACAAAAAAAUCUUGAAAUAAGCGCUAUAAUAUGACCUAAACAUUUUAAAAUAAGUCAUAAAAACAUGAAAAAUGAUCAAAAACGAAAAAUGUUUAAACACAUAAAUGUAAUGAACACAAUCAAUAAGAAGUCAUAAAUGUAAAUUAGUUCGAUUAGUUAAUACACCGGGCUACUUAAAAAUAGAUUAUAAUAUGAAACGAAAAUGUAAGCAUUUUUCUUAUGGAUUCACAUAAAUGACAGAUUUUUCCUACUAUUUAGGAAAAAUAUAAAAUAAAUCGUUAUAUUACCAAAAAAAUAGCACUGAAAAAAUCAAAAAUACCUGCUUCAAACACGGAAGAUUAUAGCAACAUAAAAUUUCAUAUUCGGAGUCUCUGGCACAUAAAACAAAAUAUGUAAAGUUCACCGCUGCUAUUUUUAACAGUAUGCUAUAAUAAUUAGCGAACGCUAUGAAAUCCGAGCUCUGGUAAUAAAUAUUGUAAUUGUACAAGAAAUAACCGAAUGAAUAACGUUUGUCGUUCGUAUCCUGCAGUGUCGUGCCAUGUGCACGUAAAAAUGUUAUGAUAAUAAAUAGUGUACGGUAUUAAUAACAAAAUAUUGUUCUUGAAUUAACACCGUUUGCUGCGAUACGAUCUAGGUUACCGCGUGGUCCUACGCUUGCAUACCAAUAAUAUUGUUUUGCGCUAUAUGGAAAUAUCGUUAACACGACGAAACCGUUAAGAUGAUAAUAUGAUUGUAAUGUACGUCUGCAAUCUGCGCAUUGGCUACUUGUUACUAUAUUUUAUUAUAAUGACCAGUGACCGUUACGUUAUUAACCGGCCGUGGUAUUAUGUAUGUAUUGCCCAAAACAAUUUCCUUCGGAAUAAUAACAACGCGAAUUAUCUUUACGGAAAAAAUAAAAAAAAAAUAAAAAUAUUUUGUUCAUACACUGUUUCGGACGUUUCAGUACCGCGUAUAUAAUAUGUAUAUUACGACUGGAACGCGUAUAUAUUAUUAUGGUAAAAUUAUUACGUUCAAGACCAUAAUCAGUACCUAUAUCGCAAAACGAUAUGAAGAAAAAACGAAAUAAAACCGUUCCCGGCGAUAAUGGUGAUAGUUUUGAACCUCCGUCGCUUAUAAUCAAACAUUUUCGAGGAACGUUACAUUAUAUAAUGGCCGUCCUUAAACUCACAGACGUACUGGGAGGGCGAAAAGGCUAGGGGAGUGGCUCCGGGGUGGCAUUUUUUAUGAGUACAGCAUUUUCGAACGUGUAUUUUUAGACACCUCUAACGCUCAACCGUCGUUAAAGUUCGUGCUAUCCCCUGUCAAUUCUUAUUAAUAUUAUUGGUAUUGUUAUUUUUCAAAUUUUUAGUGUGGCGAAGAAUGUACCUAUUGGUUUUACAAAGAUGUUUAUUUCUUUUUUUUUUUUUAUGUGAACAUUUUUUCUACCAGAAAGCUUACUCCGAUAUAUACGAUGUGGACCAUUUUCUCAAGAAAAUUUUCUUGGAGGGUGGUGCUUUGAGCAGUUAAUUUUUUGAUUUUCCAGGAAGCUUUCCCAAUAAAAUGGAAAAAGUGAGAAAAAUGAGAAAACUUACGAAAUAUAUUAUUAGUAAAAUACUAUGGUUUCUUUUUUUCUGUGAAUAAUUUUUCUACCGCGAAUUUUGUUCCCAUUUACAAUGAUAGUACUUUUUCGAUACAAUGUUGAACAAAUAUAAAUAUAGAAAAUAUAUAAUGCCUAUUUAAUUAUUUUACCAUAAUAUGACAUAUAUAUUGUUGACAAAUCGCCACAAUCAACUGAACUCCGCUCAGAAUCAUUUUUUCGUUAGCAAUGGUUUAUCGUUGCUUACAGAUUUCAUUCAAUUUCCUUCUGUAUCAUGUCUCCCCAACUUCCCAACUACAACAGUAGCUGCACCCGCAUGCGAAGUAUGGCCGUCUUUUUUUUUUAUUAUCUCGUUCAUUGCUUCGAAUUUCUAUGAUUUUUUGGGUUUCCAUGCCGAUUCGGUUUUUAAACAAAAACUUCGGUACCUAUUUCGUUUACAGUUCUUAAAAUUACGGAAUUAAGGUUCUGGCGGUACCUAACCUAAACCAAACCGAUAUUAAUCAAUAAUAAAAAUUAUUCAUUAUCACCCAUUACGCUUAUUUUAUUUUUAUAAGAAACUGUACAUAACUUAUAAACAUUAUAAUUAAUACACCGUUUGUUCCUCGACAACCUUGAUUAUCAAUCAGAUGAAACACCCGGUUACACAUCCGAUUGAAAGUCAAGGAACACUGAUUUAUGUUGAAAUACAAAAUAUUACCGCGUUUGAAAAUAUCAAUAUAAUAAUGUAUAUUUUUAUUAUUCUUGAUAAUAAUAUAAAUAUUAAAUAUAUUAAUGCAAAUAUAUUCAAUAUGAGUGAUUUUUUUGUGUAAUGUUGUGUUAAAUUUAUUACAAUUAGAGGUAUACAUUUGUUAUAUUUUUAUUUACGUAUGACCAAAGAGAAUGCAAACACAGUAUAAAAUAAAUAUAAAUAUAAUUUAAAUUGAUAAAAUUAAAAAAAAAGUUUGAAAUAUGCUUGUGAAUAAAUAUUUACGUGUAAGUUUAUUCAAUUGUAUGUGUACUGCUGUCAUAUAGUGUCCUGGUUUUUUUUUUCAGACUUACACAUAUUUGAAUUAAAAAAUAUUUGAAUAUACCUAACAAAACAUUACCAUAAUAUAGUGUGUCCUACAAUGUUGUCCUUUUGCUAAUAUAACUCUGUCAAUAUUCGUUUUUUAUUCAAUCCGGUUUUGUGUGAGAGAGACACAAAUGUAGAGAAAAAUUAAAUGUGUAUUUUUAUCCCUUAAUCACUCAAAAUUAAUAAUUUUUUGUUUUUACACUUUUUAAAAUAAUUACUUUGUAAUAGCCGUUUUAAUUUUUAGAAAAUUGGCGUGAAAACAAUUAAUAAUUUCCAUUAGAAUAACACGUUACGUGAUAAGAAAUCGCAAUCAGCACGGUAAUUCUUUGUCUUCUAAUUGAAUAUUAUUAAAUGUUUUCAUGUAUAUUUUCUAUACAUUAAAGCCAAUAAGAAAAUGUUAAUCGGAUGAUUAAUAUUAUUAAUCGAAUAAGAUAUUUUACAAAAUGUGUGUUUUGAAAAUUUUAAAAAGUGUAAAAAUAAAUAGUUUUUUUUUUUUUAGUAAUUAAGUGAUGAUAGUAAAACCGAAAUUUUUCCCUACAUCCCCCUCGCACACAACUCAAUCGCGAAAAAAAAUAAACGAACAUUGACAGGAUUAUUAGCACAAGGAAAACACUGUAGGACACUUUGUAUAGCGGUCCGACAGUUUGUACUGUAUAUUAUACAAUAAUAAUACUUAUAAUGGGUACCUGCUAGCGUAUGAGAGUUAGUAUACAAAUAUUGUUUCAAAUAUUUAGAUAAAAUACAGUGUCGAAAACAAUAUUGUUUAGAUUAUUAUAUUAUAAAGGAAAUUAAUUUCUUUGUUUUUCGUUCAAUGCACGCGUGCGUAUUUGUAUCAGACAGCUAUUAACUGCGUCAUAUAGCACAUUUACACAUUAUUAGCACACAUAUAUAUAUAUAAAAAAAAAAGUAAAAAGUUGAUUUCUAUGGAAACGGAAUUACCGAAUAAUCGAAAGUUGUCCCGAACGAUAAAAAUUAGCACAUAUUAUACUUCCAUGCCUAUAGCAUUCGAUAUUUUUGUUAUUAUCUAAUAUAAUUAUUACUAUUACUUAAGAUUCUGAGUGAACAGUUAGCGAGGAAUAAUGUAUUGGUUUUGUUGUGUGUAUUCACUCCUGAAAUGGCUUUUGUUCUUUUCAAUGCUGUUCAGUUCUUUUUUUUUUCUUGUAAUAAUUAUUAGAACCUGGCUCUAUGGUUCUUCUAGUUUACACAAUUCAGAAAAAAAUUAUUUUCAAAAAAACCACAUGCAAAUAUACAGAUAACUUCGCUCCGAAUAGAUUUUCGUUAGCAAUGAUUUAUCGUUGGUUACAGGUGUAAAUUAAAGAACUUUAUGUAUUUUAAUAUGAAAUUUACAAUGUCACGAGAGGAAGGAGAAUUAUAAGCUUUGUACACCCCUAUAGACCCUCAAAAUAAAGUCAGGGAGAUGAAUGUCGUACAUGCAUGCUGUAAGUAUCAAGUAUGUGCCUUUUGGUUGUACGAUGCUCUGUAGAACUGAAUGAGUGGAGGGGUGGUAUUAGACCACGAAAUAGCCAAGUAGAGCAGAGAAAAGGGUAAACUAGUGAGCAACUCGGGCAAUCAUAACUAAUUUAGAUCAAUUGAAAAAAAAAGUCUGUGUGCAACUUUUUACUAGAAUUUUUGCUCCAAUUAAAAACGACUAGAGAGCUUUUUUUUGGGGUAGUUGUUGCAUUGUGAAGGUAAUAUUUUGAUUUUCCAAGUGGUUUUUAUAAUAAUUGGGAAAUCUGAAAAAACGCAUAGGUAAAACGGUCAAGUUUACGGCACUAAAAAUUUCAUUAUUUUCAAUUUUUUUAAAUUUAAUUUUCUAUCAGAAAUCUUACUCUUAGUUUCGAGAAUAGUAUCUAAAAAAAAAUGUUGUCUAAUAAAUACCCGAUUUAUUAAUACCUAAAUGCAUGAUGAUUUUACGACAUUAUGAUUAAUGACCGUAUUAACAAAGUAUACUAUAUUUUUGUUAUUAUGUAUUUUCGCUUUUUUUUUUUUAAAUUCGCUAUUUUAACAUUCGCGGUCGGAUUUAUUUGGCCGGAUACUACAAAUAGAGGGACUGAAUCGGUUUUAAUGAUACCUGUAUAGAGAACAUUUGUCGUUUGUUUUAUGUAUUUUUAAAUUUCAAUUUCCAACUCCGUGACUAUUAUAUUACGAUGUUACAAUAUCGUAGAUUAAACACGAACACGUUUUAAUUUUGAAUAAUAUCAUCAUAUUUUAAACUACCAAAAAUUAAUUUUAAAAAAUAACACAUAUAGUACAAUGAAAAAUUUGAGACAUGAUGUCGCAUAUUUGUAUGUAAAUAUUUUUUUUUUAUUGAUUUUUCCCGAACAUUUCACUGUUUAAUUGUGUCUGUUUUCCAUAUGUUAUUUAAGUACAGGUAUUUAUCUUUUAUCUCUCCACUUUUUUUACACUUCAAGCCACUUCCUCUCGAUUGAACGUUCUCUAACUCGAUAAUUUUUGGCAGAUAAAGCGAUCGAAUUAUUAUUUUACCAAAAAAUAUUUCUAUAAUACAAACUAUUAUGUAUAGGGGGGAGGGAAUUCAACUAGUUUUCUUUUUUUUCUUUUUUUGAUAUUAUACAUACUAUAGGCAUAUAAUGAUUGAGUAUGAUGGAAUGAGGCAAAAGCAACAUUAAUAUAAACUUUUGUUUUUUUGUUUUUGUUUUUUUUUUAAUCACGGACAGUUAUUAUAAUAAUAUUAACGAUGGUUCAAAAGUUUCGUUCUCCAAAAUACCGACCCGCUUUGAAAGGAAAUGAACUCGAGAAAGUACGUACCUAUACUACUGCAGAAAAGGUAUCUCUAAUCGUUAAUACUCGAGUAAACAAAACUCGAAAAUUAAAUGUAAACACUUUAAUUCUGCAUACUUAUAGUAUCACGAAACCGGCAGGAUCUCUCGACAUCAAACGAUUUAUCGUCGAUUGCAAUAUUUGUCAAUAUUCACAUUAGUAUGCGCUUUCUUCCCAAACUGAGUUAAUACUCAUAUAAUAUAUUAUAUAUAUGUGUGUGUGUGUGUGUGUGUGUGUGUAUAUUAUUCAUAGCGUUCUAAAAUAUGUCCAUCAUUGUUUUCGUCACAAUAAUAUAUUGUUCAUUGAAAAUUUGGAAAUGUUCCAUAAUUUUACGAUUUCAUAACAAAUUUCUUGGAUCGAGUAUUAUAAUAUGCAUAUAAUAUGUUUGGAUCACAUUGUAUUCAGUUCAUUGUCAAAAUAGUACGCACGUCAUAUUGUCGAAAAUGUUUUCACGCGUUAUUUUCAGUAAGCCUCAGAGUUUUAAUACGCGUUUAUUAUUUACCUUGAUAUUAUUAAAAACGAUUUUCUCCCGUAAAAAGUUCCGCGCUAAGUGUUUUUACGUAUUUUGUUGCGUGUUACUUGGAUUCGCAUAUUUUCGAUAAACCAAUAAUAAAUACACUUACCUAAUACCUAUAUAUAAAUAUAAUAAUCAAUAGUUAAUAUAUAUCGACACAUUGCAAUAUAUCAAUAUUGAAACAUGUAAAGUAUUUAAAUAAAAGUGUUUGAAUAAUAUAGACACCUAUUUUAUAAUUCGAUAAAAAAAAUCAUUCGGUAUUUUUAUUUAAAUAUUCGAAAUCGAAUACUUACCAUUUUAAAUACUUUUUCUACUUCACACAAUUUUUUUCCAUGUAUACAUACAUAUAUUUUAUUAAUGUUAUUUACUAUUAAAUUAAAACGCAUCACACCGACACCGUAAAAUGUCGAAAGUUAAGUAGAUUCAGCAUUUUAUAACUUGUAUACUGGUAUUAAACCAGUAUUAUAAAAAAAAAAAACCGAAUAUUAACAACUCCUGUAUUUGAAAAUAUUUAUAAAUACCUACUUUCCAAAAGUAUACGUCAUAUCUGUAUUCUUACUAUUUAACUAAUAAUUGUUUAGUGUAGUGUACUCCAACGUAUUCCAAAUACAUUUUAAAAUAUAAUAUCUGUAUUUGUACUCAAAAAAACUAUUAAAAAGGCUGAUCGGCGUGUCAUUAUUUUAGGAGGAAAGUUUAAAGAGAGGAUAUACUGAGUGAUCAAUCCUUGACAAGAUACUCAUUAUCUCGGAAAGUAUUUACUGUUUUUGGAUUUUCAUUUAUUUUUUUUUAUUGUUUGACAAUUUAAAGAUAAAUGAGCUCUAAAAUGUUCCAUUGCCGUUAUUUGUUGAUAUAAUUACCGCACACUUUUAAAUUUUGAUUUUCAAACAGCAACUAUUAUAAAAAUGUUAUAAAUAGAUAAAAUUUUAGUAAUUAAAAUACAUUUUUUUGAUGUAGGUUAUUGUCAUUAAGUCAACAAUUGGCAGUGUUUUCAUUGCUAUAAUAAGGGUCACAAUUUUUUUUUUAUAAGAAUUUUAUUAUCAAAUUAUCGGCGAAAAUCGUAAAUAUUCCGGUCUUUCAAAACACGUAUAACCGAACUCCGCUCAGAAUUGUUUUUCGUUAGCGACGAUUAACCGUACAUUGAGUUCCUCUUGAUAUAUUCUACCUAGCUUUAAAUCCUCGCCUUCAACAGUAGUCCACCCAGGGUACGAAACAUGUCCGUCUAUUUUCUUCGUCCGCUGUUACUUGUCGUAUUACGUCCGUUGGGGCUAUACGCCGGAGUGUGUUUAGUUUGUUGUUAUACUUGUCGGUCUUAAACAGCCCGUGACGAUUCUGCCAAUUUAAUUCAAUUUGAUUUAAGGUUUCAUUCGGCGGUGCUCAUUGCUCAUUUAUAAAAAUAUAAUAAUACAUAGUUCCAACUCGGGACAUCACCCUGCGUUAGAUCGCGUAUCUCAGUCGCGUACACGAGAGACCCCAUUAUUCCAUUAAUAAAAUCCGUUGACAUGCCAACGAUAUACGUUUUAUAUGCAAAUACUGUAGGUACCUAUACAUUUUUUUCGUCUGCCGUGAUUGGAAAAACGCCAGAACAUUCGUUUACCUGUAUAAUAAUCGUAUUAUCCAUUAUAUAGUUGGGUAUCGUGGGGAUAUUCUUGUGCACGUUUACCCCGGCAAAAUCGUAGCCGAAUUUCCAUCACGAGAAUGCGUAUAUUGUUAUUAUUAUUAUUAUUAUUAUUAUAGGUAUACAUCGUUACACGCAUUACAUAUACGAUUUUAACAAUAUUCGAAUCGCGUAAUAUAUAUUAUUUCGGAAGAUUCAUAACCGUUCUCGAACAGCACGUACGUAGCAUUAUUGUUGUUGUUAUAUGCGGAUCGUUUACUUCUACACCUUUCUACAAUAUGCGCUAGAGAAAAAACAAAUCCACAAAGGUAUACUGCAUCAGCCGAUACUACGUGUAAUUUAUCCUAUUGUGUAGCACGCGUUAUUAUGAACCUAUUUAAACGACGCAGAUGCAAAAGAGAACGAAAUUAUUAUUCAUAUAAUUACAACGUUUUUGUUAUAAUAUUAUGUAUGCAAAAAUUUUUAGACUAAUCCGUCCGUAGAAAGAAAUUAUAUAGAAAAGAGCCGAUGCUGCUGAUGGGUGCACCAUUGUAGUGGGUGCGAAGUUGGAAAUGUAGAAUACAAACAGUUAUUUAAUUUGUAUCUAUAAGUUACGAUAAACAAUUGUUAAAAAGUACGAAUCUGAGCGAAGUUCAGUUAUACUUACGAUAAUACCUAAAUUAUACAUCUUAAAUCGAUUUAAAAAAAUUUACAUCAUGCUCGUUUUUUUUUUUUUUUUUUACUUCUAUGUUCAACUAUAAUGAACCACGUGUUAAAUUUUCAAGUAUUUCUGUUUGGUCAAACAAUUGUAUUCACAUAAUACCUACUGAAAAAAAACUGCGUACAAGCAAUUUAAAAUGUGAAAUGCCUAUGAAUAUUUCAAUUUUUAACUAAAUUACAACAAUAAACGAACACAAUUGAAAAUAAUGAAACCAAUAUUUCCGUGAGCUUUCCCAUUCUUUCUACAUAUUUUUUUUUACAAAUUUUCCCAAUUAUUAUGAAAAUUGCUUGGACCAUCAAAAACUAACUUGCUUAAUCUCCAACUAGACCCAAAAUGCAAUAAAAAAAGUUUCUUGUCAAUUUUCUACUGGAGCCAGAUUUCUGGUCAAAGAGUUGUUUACAAACAAAAGAAAAACAUCAUAGAGUAAAACCGUUCAGCAUUAUUGUUUUCAAAAGGAUUACAUUAUUAUGAUGAUUCCGGCACAUAACAUAUUAUAAAUAUAUGAUUUUCAUUGAGUUUUUGAACUCGAACAUAAUUUGAAAUUAUUGUUAUUAUUAUUAUUAAUAAUUGAAAUAUUAUUCUUCUUAGAAAAGACGAGUCGAAUAGGCAAUUAUAAUAUUAUCGCGCCCGCAGGAAAUUUAUCAGUGAGGGGCAUAAUAAAAUCAAACACCAAAAAGAACAAUUCAAAUUAUAUUUGAAAUUUUAAAGUCCAGAAGGGCAGAUGUUCCAUCUUCCGGGCACGCGUAAUUAUUAUAAUACAUAAUAGAUUUAAUGAAUACAAUAUUGAUCACGACUUAUACAGGUGUCCCGCGAAUAUAUUAUCAUUGUGAUAUUUUUGAAAUUAUUAACUUUUUAAGGUUUUUUUUUUUUUUUUUUUAUAAUCUAAGAAGUAAAGAGCUUUAAAAUGAUACAUUACCAUUAUUUUUUGUCACUUUUAGAGGGGAGGGGGUUAAUUACCGGAACACUGUUUAAACGCAGUACCCUGUGUCGCCACACAACUAAUGCUCCACUACACUCCCCAUAUCCAAACUUAAAAGUUAUAGAAUAUCUCGUCAACGGGUUAACGGCAAUCAAAAAUUUCAACUUCAAAAUGUACUUUAAACCUAUAUUCCGUUUAUUAAUGGAAUUUCGGAUAUAGGUUACCAUUCGAACAACAAAAUUAGGUAGUCUGUUCGCUCUCGGAAAUAAUGGCGACAACAAAUAAUGGUAACGUAACAUUUUAGAACUAUUUGUUUCUAAAAUUUACUGUAAAAAUUCAUUCGGAAAAAAUUAAUACUUUCUAUAAUAUAUCGCAAUGGUUAUAUCAUCGUCGGACGCUAUGUACACAAGUUAAACCGAUGAAGCUAAAAAGAUAAAAAGUAAUAAGAAUUAAAAACGCGUAUAGAGUAUUAUGAAAAAAUACAUAAAUUAAACGGAAAACGAUUCCGCGAAAACGCCAGCAGCAUAUUAUGAACGGCGGCGAAUUUACGUAGGUAGGUAUUUACACAAAAGAACGAAAACAUUUUGCUUUGCACCGAAAAAAAAAAAAGAACAAAAACUAAACAAAAUAAAUGAAAUAUUUUAAAAAUAUAAGAAUACUUGCAUUGUUUCGUUUGUUAUUAUUGCUUAGCGGCUUCUAAUAGAUAGUAUGAUAUAGAAAGUGUGUGCGGAAAUUUAACGGACUCGUUUGAAAUAUUGUAUUGACCUGUUUAUGAAUCUUGGUGUGGUGUGUCCAGAAGCAUAGCUAUUUAAGAUUUGUGUUUGGGAAGGGCGCAUUAACACAAAUCAAACGACUAAGUCCACCCUAAAUGAUUAAGGCUAAAUUGUGCCAAGACCAUCAAUAUUAUAGAAGUAGUGUGUGCGUGUGCUUGCGUGUUUACGGAACUAUAGACGGUGGUUUCGGAAAUACUAUGUUUGGCUUUCCGAAAGAACUAUUCAUACGAUGAGUCCACAUACAAAUACCACCACGAAAAUCACGGUUGUUACACACGAGAUUAUAUAUUUUGCGAUUGUUAUUUUAUAAACGUAUGGCAGUUAUGUAGCAGUGACGCCGUAGUCCAAAAAAUCGGGCCAAAUACACUGCAAGAAAUUAUCAAAAAUCUAAAUACAGUUCAUUUUAUAGCCGAAAUUAGUGUUAAAGCAGUUUUGAUGAAGUAUUUAUUUGAUUUGGUAACCAAACGUUGGCCCGAAAUGAAGCGAACCCAUGCUUAACUUUUAAAAGAAGUCCGACCAUAUAACAUGUUCGGCGCCACGUGUGUACACGAUAUAAAACAUAUAUUAACAGAAAUAACAAAAAAUAUACUGUUCAACAAAUCGCCUCAGAAAUAAUACGUAUGUCAAUAUAUUCGUCACGCGGAAUUCCAAAAUUAAUGAAAAGCCUCUGCCCCGCCCUCCGUAAAUAUACCACUGGUUACAUCUACGUUCUUUAUAUAGGUACUAAUGUAUUUGCCAUGUCCCGGAAACGUACCUCAAUGAUAAUUUUGUAUUAAUACUUUUAGUUUGAGUGUGGAUUUGUCGAGUUCAUUUUUUUUUUAAGGGUAUACAACAAUUAUAAACCGAAUGAAAUAGACACUUCAAAUAUCGGUCGAAUAUUUAUAUUAUAAUGGUCGUGAACUCAUAAUAAUAUACAUAUUCAAUAUUCAUAUAUGCUUAUAGUAAGUAACUUAAAAAAAAAAAAAUACCAGACUAUACACACAUUAUGUCCUUAUGCAUUCCAGAUGAGUGAUGGUGACCUCAUCCCCGUGAAUAUUCCAAUCGAAUCAAACGAACGUACACCUAUUAUUAUAAGUUAUCAUCGAUAUAGUGUCCCGGACGAAUAAAAUACGCGUAUAAUGUACAAAUAUACAUCAAAUAUUAAAAUUUAGACAAAAAAAAGUAAACGUAAUGGUAUUAUUUCGGACGGAUAUUUCUCUAUACAUAGGUAUAAUAGGUACGAUUGAAGAAUCGUGCGAUCUUUGAAACGCUCGCGGAGGAGAAUACGGCGCCUGUGCGUAACCUUCACACGAUCUCCGUGUGACGCACGCCCUCUUAUAUAUUAUGUAUAAUUAUAAUCUAUACAUGCGAUUUUAUAUGAAUCCGAAUAAAUUUCCACGGUCCAUCGACACAAUGCGCAAGUCGAUAAUAGUAAUAAUAUCUGUGCAUCGGCGUAUACUGUAUGGCUUCCAUUUAAUUAUAACGUCCGAGAACGGAAAUAGUAAAAACCGGUGCCAAAAAAAAAAAAAAAAAAACAAAUUAAAUAAAAAAGCGCCCGUCGACAGCGAUAUUAUUUAUAGUAUAAGACGCGUUCGACAAAUCGAACACAUUGAAAUAAUCCAUUAGUCGAUUAAUCGAUUUUAUUUCGCGUUCAAUACGUCAUUAUAUACGCAUUAGUCAUGCUACCUAUGCUAUCGUGUUGAGCAAUACGUUGACCGAUCCGGAAUCCAGAUUACGAUUUCAUAAAUCCCGAUUCGGAUUCAACUUAUUAUAACAUAAUUCGUAUAUCCGGAUUGAAAGUAACAGUCCGGAUUGAACGGAUUGUAACAUUUGUUUUAAUUCGGAUCGAUAUCUUCCAAACUUACCACACACAACAGUAGCGUGCCCAUGGUGCGAAGUACAAACGGGUUUUUUACAAUUCAAAAUCGCUAUUAAUUUCAAAGUGUUAUGUAAAUAAAAUAUAACAAAAAUGACUUUUAAAAUAUCGUAAAUAUGUCGAAGAUAUCUAAUAAGUGCCCCGACUUAUUAGAUAUUGAAAAUCUCAAUAGCUUUGAUAACUUUUUUUUUUUUGCUCUAUUAAAAAUAGUAAUUCCUUUAAAAUUCUAGCGAACUAUAUAACGGCGUCAAAAUAUAAUCUUGCCAACUUCCGCGCGUGUAAAAAACCACUAAGGCCGGCUUUGCGUACAUGCAUAUAAAAAAUAUGGUUAAUAUGUUACGGUUUUUGCCAAUUAUAAAGCAUUUAAUUUUUCUAACAAAUAAAAGCAAUAUUAGCCAGCUUGACAUCACUCUGCCCACUCUAUCCCUGUCAGGUUGGGAUGUUAAUUUUCCCGAUAAAUGUUUUUUCUGGUAAAUUGUACGUAAAAUUUACCCCGGCCCUAAAUUUUUUAUUUAUUUUUUUUUGGAAAAUCUGCAAUUUAUAUACACAAUUAGCCCAAUAAAAUCAUCACUAACAUAUUUUUAAAAUUUGUAUUUUCAAACUAAAAUAUUAGGUUGUUUUCCUAAUAAUUUUUGCGCAAUUAAUUACUUUUUCGCGUUGACAGUGGUACCGAGUUAAAAAUCGAUAGACAUCAUAAAUCAAAUGUGAUUGCACGUAGAAUUAUAAUUGAAAUAAGCUAGGAGUCACUCGAUUUUUAAUUGGCAAAAAAAAAAAUUUGACCGAGUAAAAAAACUUCAGUGAAAUUGACCGAGCCCAUUGAUCCCUAGUCAAGUCUACACGCACGCCCGUGCCAUUGGCAUAAGGAAUUUCGACUGAUAUAUAAUAAAUACAAGAUACCUAAUAGAAAUGUAUAUCGGUAGAAGGGACGGGAAAUAAAAAUAUGCCAUAGGGAUGUAUCUAAUAUUAUGCAACUUAUACAGUCAGGUCGAGUCAUAUGUAUUUGCGUUAUGUGUUACGUGUGUUUGAAUCAAUUGUACACAUCACCGAGUUCAACGAGUAAAAUCGGCCCAAACCAACAAAAAUGUAAUUUUGUUUUAACGUUACGAUGUUAGAUAUUAUACGAAAGUUUUCUUUGAGGCCACCGAAGGCCCCGGUAUAACCUUAAUUAUUGUCUUUACUACACAAUGUGCACAUAUUAUACAACGUACACGGUAUAGAACAUCAUAAUAUCAUAAUUGUAAGGUAGACGCAACUGUUGAAUGGAAAAAAUCUAUAAUUCAUUACCUACAUACCUUUCAAUUAGCACAAAAAAAUAAUGAAAAUUAAUCAGCGAUUAUUUAAGUAUUUGUUCGACGAUUGAUAUGUAUAUACGUAUGGUGACCUUUAAUGCACACCUGCAUCUCUCCUAACACUUGUCUCGUGGUUUCGUGUAGGCUCAUCAUUACAUAAAUACUAUGAUGUAUUUUGGGUAUUAUAUACUUGAAAAUUAAGAAAGAAUGAAUAAAGACCGCGCCGGAUGUAGAUUAUUAAGAAAAUUAAUGAUUGCAUUGUUGCAGAGUACCUAUAUGUACGAAUAUUUAACGUGUAGAAAUCAACUCAGCAGAUCGGAACGAUAAUUGAUACGAAUAAUCUGUAAAUAACGAAGGACGCGAGUAAAAGUGCAUCCUUUGGAACAAAAAAAACAAAAAAAACAAAAAAAAAAAAAAAAACGUAUUCAUUUUUGAUAUAUAGAAUAUUUAAUUACUACUUUUGAAAUCAUUAAUGAAGGAAAAUAGCAAAAAAAAAAAUUAGUAGGUAGGUACAUUUGUAAUUAUAAUGAGUACUUACCUAUAAUGUUAUAUUUAUACAUUUUAAUUAACGUUUUGACCACGAGUGUAUAUACCUAUUUUGAAAAUAUUUAAAAUAUUUAACUCGCGCUAUUUUGAGUUCCAAACGAACAUUAUUAGCGGCUUAUCAUCAAAAAACUAAGGUUAUCUAAAAACGUGUUCAUAUAAAAUUAUAAAUUAAAAAAUAGAACAACAAUAUAGGUAACGGUGAGAGUUGAACGUUUUUUAAAAAUGUAAAAAUUCUGGCGCACGGAUUUCAUAACGAAUUUUAACCGAGCUGUCAGUGGCUGUCAACUAGGAAUACAGCAUAUUAUAAAUUAUAAUUUUAUUUCAUUGCACCGAGUACAUUUAAAUUAGUAUGCCUAUUAUAUUUCAACAAUAUGAACAUUCAAACUUCGAAACCUGCCCGUUUAAACUAGUCGCAGUACGUAUAGACGCAUAUCGGUAAUUUUCAAAUCGGUAUCCACUACGUCAAUUUCGUCGUUUUAAUAGGUACGCGUACCUGUGCUACACAAACACUACACGUGUUUUCAUAAACGGUUCCCAGACCCAAUUCGUAAUAAAUUAAAGUAAUUAGUUGUGCAUUUCAGUACACUGAACGCCUGGCGAACAAUUAAAACAAUUAUUAUUCAAAUUCCGCGUGGGCGUUUGAUAAAAUAUGCCUAUAUAAUAAGUUGCCACGUGCAAAUAGGUAUCUAUUGUAAUAGCCGUAUAUAAAGGGUACAAUAAUAUAACACGAGAUUAACAACCUAUAUGUGUUAGAACAGUUUUGCUUGUCUGCAUUUUAGUAUACAAAAAGCGGAUUACAGUUUAUACUCGUACUAUUGUACUGUCAUUUCGCCCUUGGGGUGUCAAUAGAUAUAAAUACAAAUAUCGGCUUAUACGGAAAAAAAAAAAAUGAAUUAUCCACCGAGCGCACUGCACGAAUAGGAAGAUGUAAUAUGAUCACUACGCCCGUGAAAAAAUGUACGAGUAUAUAUUCCUUAUAGCCCCGUAUAUGUACCCAUCAGAUUAUUAUUUGCUAGCGUCCAUUAUCAUUUAAUUAUAUUUCUCCUUUGUUUAAAAAAUAUGCUUUUCGCCGUGUUAAUAAAAAUAUUUAUUUAUUAUUUUUAUUUUUUUUUUUCAUAAUUUUAGGUAUUAUAAAUUCAUCUUUGGUAUAUGUUUACAAAAUAAGUAUACACCUACCUACAUAAACCUCAAAGUCCUUGCGGUUGUUUGACCGCGGCGUAUUAAGGUUAGAAAUAAAAAUCGUUUUUUUUUUUUUUAGACAUGUUUUGGUCAGAGCAUCACUCGCGUACAACAGAAACUCAAUAGCGACCUGAAACCAUGAUCUAUUCGUUUCUGUCCACUGCCAUUUAUCGUGUCGAAAAAUCCAUUUCCAACGGAACAAUUCGCCAUCACAUGGAAAUUAUGAACAAACGGUAGCAAAAUUAUUACAGGUCAGUGCAAUUAUUAAACCGAGAAAAAAUAACUACCGGGAACAGAUAACCCGAAUAUUUCAGUAGUACUUAAAGACUCCGAGCUCCCAUAUUUACGCCAAUGACUUAUUAUUCAUUAUUGUAUAUGUUCUAUUCCAUCUGAAUUUUAUUCUUGGUAUUAUUUUCCGUUAUACAUCUGCAAAAAAGUAAUUUUAUUCCAUAGAAUAAUAUUUAAAUAAUUGACAUAAUUAAAACCGAUAAUUAUAUCGAAUUUAAGUAUUAUACUUAUCACGUACCUAUAAUACAAUUAAAAUUAGACAAGUUUAACUUUGAGAUGUGUAGAGGUUUAUAAUAUCGUUCAAACAUCAAAAAAAAAAAAAUAAAUAAUAAUAAAAUAAACUUAACAUUUUGUUGUUCAUCAAUAAUCAUUAACCUUUAUUUUUGUUUUCAACUUGGAAAACCAAAAUUAUACAUAUUUUUUAAAAUGUCAUUCGUAUUAAUUUAUAAUUUUAUUUAUAUACAAUAAGUUGUAGAUUUAAAUAAGAAAAAAAAAAUCCCGUGUAUUAUUUAUAAAGUUAAAAGCAGUUAUGUGUGGUAGAAAUACGAAACUAGUUUAAAUAUUUACAUUUCUAACGACGUAAAAACUUAGCAUUGUUACCUAAUUAACAAAAUAAUAUAGUAGGUUCCGGUUUAUACAUCGACAAAUUUACGUAUACGUAUUGAAAAUAACUUUUUUCCCGAAAUAAACUUUAUAUUAUAAUUAUAGGUGGUAAAAAAAUAUAUUGAAAAAUCGUAAAUAAUUAUUAUUUUUUUUAAAUAUUAUUAUUACAAUAAAAAUGAAAUCUGAAGUAGAAUAAAGGCCGGAUGUGAUCCGUAGGUCUGCGGCGAUAAAUAUAUACCAAUUGUACUCCAUACCACCGGUUUUCCUCGAUUCAUUUUAUAUAAAAACUGCGGAUUAAUUAAACCACGAAUCCAAAUUUUUAAUCGUUAUAAUAUUCACACGUAGUGUAUUUAUGGUGUUACAGGGAUGGCUGCGUUUAUCGGAAUCGGUGUACUCAGACAUAUGCUAUACCGUUUGAUAUUUUGGGCGGCUAUACUACUAUGUCUCACACAACUGUUGAUAACGUUAUGGAGAUCGGAUCGUCCGAUGGCAGCGAAGUCGAACAGUAUGAACACCAGAAUGAUUCUGCAGAAUAUGAUCGACUUCCACAUUGCACGUACUACAACGCCGCCUUACGAGAGUUUGUUGACCGUAGAACCGUGGGUGGACAAAAUGUCAGUGCAAUCGGAACAACUGAUCAUGGACCAAGUACAGAAACGAUUGCCCAACCUGCCGGUGUCGUACUGGAACCAGAAUAAAAACAAAGCUAUGUACUAUAAAAACGAGAGUUGCGCGAAAUUCCCGAGCAUUUAUGAAUUGGAAUUUAACAACGUGUACUGGCAAUCGUUGCAAACGUCGAACGGGUCGUUUCACCUGUACAGCGCGUACUACGACAUCAGGAAACUGAGCCGAAUCGGCCCCGCGGUCCGAAUACUGGGCAUGAUCAAUCGUAUUGAACCGACGGUAAAAACUCAUUGCCAAUUUUGGUUCGACGACCACAAGCAACCGGUGAUUGUGAAAAUAAUGGAAUACAAGUAUAUAUGGUACAAAAAGUGGGGCAAUUACAAACAAGGGAUUUUUCAGCCUUACUUAAUCGCCUGCCAGAUACCGAAAUCCCAUUAUCACGCCAUACCCGCGUCCGUGUCUCUGGUAGAGAAUAUAUGUGACAAGGCUACCAACAAUUUACGGGUGGUGUACAACCGGCCUGCCGUUAAAAAAGAUUUUGCGGUGUGCGUGAAAGGCUUGGACUUUUUAUACGAAGACCUAUCGGUCCGGUUAGUCGAGUGGAUAGAAUUGCUGCACGUACUGGGCGCCGACAAGAUAUUUUUCUAUCAGUUGCAAGUGCACCCAAACAUCAGCAAGGUACUGAGUCACUAUGAGGCCAAAGGCCGCGUCCAAGUGACCCCGCUAACUUUACCGGGCGGCCAGCCCAACGUGCCGGGUUUCCAGCACUUAUACCUGACCAAAAAAGUUAAUCACAAGCGGCAAAACGAACUGAUACCGUACAACGAUUGCCUGUACCAGAACCUUUACUCGUACAACUACAUAGCGCUGUUGGACAUUGACGAGGUGAUCAUGCCAAUUAAGUCCAGGACGUGGAAGGAGCUUAUGGACACGGUGGUGGUUAAAGCACUGGCUGUGAGAAACGAGACCCGGGCUUCCUACAACGUGAGGAACGUCUAUUUUCUGGACGAUCUGAUCCACACGCACGGGUGGUUCAAGACCAUACCCAAAUACAUGCACAUGCUACAGCACGUAUAUAGGAGCAAGAACUACACGAAACCCAACCAGUAUGUGAAAUGCUUCCAUAAUCCCGAGAGAGCCUUGACGCUCCACAAUCAUUUCCCGCUGGCGUGUCUCAGUCAGGGGUGCACCUCUUAUGCCAUAGACACGGCAGAUGCCCAUCUGCAACAUUACCGGGCAGACUGUGUGAAAACACUGAAGAAAACGUGCACAGAGUUCAGGCAGAACAGUAUUAUAGACACGACCAUCUGGAGGUACAAAAAGGAUCUCAUAUCCAAAGUGUCCAACACGUUGUCAACACUAGGUUUUUUCCCUGCCAUAUGACGAAAAAUCGAUGUACUUAAUAAUCACGCAAUAAUAUUCAGCCUUAGGAUAUUAUUUAUAAUUUAUAAUGAUAACUUCAAAAACCUCUUGGGGGUUUUUUUUUUUUAAUACUUGUGAUUGCGUUUUGAUAAGAACUUAACAAGUUUAAGUAGGUAGUAAAAAAUAUGGGAUUUUUUAAAUAUAUUAAGUUAAACAACAAUUGAUAUUUAUUAAAUAUUCUCCAUUAAGAGUAUUCAAUUCUAACUCGAACAUACGGGGCUCCACAACAUCAUUUUACAACAUAUAGAUAAAAACUAACUGGCCUCAAGAUCUCUAGUUACAGUCAGUGCUCGAAUUGGAAAAUAAAACAAAAGGGACUGUAAGACAUAAAAAAAAAAAAAAUACCUUGUCAUUAUUGAACUGAAUCUUACCGGAGGGAGACUUCAGCACUUCACUUACCUCCCUCUUACACCACUUUUCAAUUAUAAUUUAAUAGCUAUAUUUAAUAAUAAACUAAACCUUUCCCGUUUCGAUGAAAGACAUUUUAGUAAUUUUAAAAUUAAAUUGACAAUGUUUUUUUUAAAUAAUAUUUGCAACACAUUAACAUAUAAAAUGUAUAUCACAAAUUAUUUUUCUAGAGUUUAGACAAAUUCGAAUGUCUGUAGCUUAGUCUGUAAAAAAAAAAAAAAAAAAUGUUUAUUGAAUGUAUUUAAAAAGUUCAUAUACAAUUAUUUAACGAAUUAUUUCUUAUUUAUUUAUCAUAAUUACAUCAAAGUUGGACUCCGGGUUUAAAAAUUAUUACUUUGUUAACCACUUAAGUCUUUAGAAUAAUUUGAGUAUGAGAGCACGUACGUUUCACACAUUGUCAACAUAUUUCAUUUUCGUUUAUAUUUUUUGAAACGAAAUUAUAUGUACUUAUAAUUAUGAUUGGAAACUACCAUGUCCCGCUUAUUUUUUUAUUAAUUUGAUAACAAUGGUAUCAGUAGAAUCAGUAGAUAUUAUAUUAUGACCGCAACAAAGACGAGCCGAAUAUGUGCUUCGUCUCCUCGUGGUUAUUUAAAAACCACCGUCAACUUAAUUUUAAAAUGUCUAAAAUAUCUUUGGUCAAGACGGGUAUCCGGACGAAACAGGAAAGGUCAUGUUUAGGCGAUAAGGGCGAUACGGGUCUCGCUCAAAAAUACAAUAAUGAUACAAAUUUGAAAUUUACGACUGAACGAUAAAUAUUAAAUUAUAAAAAAAAAGUAUUUAUGAGUGUAAUAUUAUAUCUAAGUUGAUGACUAAAUACAUGCACGUCUUUUGAAAUUAUCAUUAUUCGCAAACAUAUUUUCCGUUCAACCCGAUAGAAAUUAUUAGUAAAGGGUCGUCAAAAAAAAAAAAAAAAAAUGUAUAAAAUAAUAGAGGAGAUUUGACCACUGCGUCCCCCCCCCACCCAAUUUGACCAUUGAUUAUACUACUAUCCUAAAUACAAAGUGUUUUAUGCUAUAUUUCUUAAUUGUAUUCAAGUACCUAUAUCAAAUUAGUAAUAUUCCUUACAACAUUUUUAGAUUAGAUUAGACAUCAAAAUUUAAGUAUAAAUUAUUUUUUAUGAUUUUAUUUUUGUAACUAUCCAAUUCUGUAAUAUUAAUUUGUACAGAAAAUUAUUUAUAUGUAUAUUUUUUUUAAACCAUUUCAUUAUAUUUAAUUACAUUUUAUAGUAAAAUUAGUAUCGUUAAUAAUUAUUUUUAAAUUUAAAAAAAAUACAACUAUUGAGGAUUCCUGAUAACUCAAACCCACAACGCGAAUUGUCAAAAACUAAAAUAUAAUUAUCUAGGUACCCUAUAUAAAUAUUUUGAAAUCAUUUAUUUUCCUUCGGAUGGCCUUUGAAAUUUUUCCGAGAUUCUAUAUAAUAAUACCUGUGUUAUGAUAAUAAUAUUAUGUCGUCUGUGUAUUAAUUCCUUUUGAAUAUCCUUAUGGUCGGGUUAUUAAAUAUACCUUCGGGUUGUACCUAAUAUAAAAUAACCAUUUCUUUAUUGUAGUUGGUGUGUAAACUUAUACUAAUUAUUAUGAAUUUCGCAGACACGUGACAUCUUUUGUAAGGUUAAAAGUCGUCCUCAACUAAUUGUAUAUCAACACAAUAUUAUGUUCAUUGUGUGCAUCGUUGUAUUCGUGAUUUUGUAUUACCUAAUGUGUAUGAAAAUGUAGAAAUCAUAUGCAAGCUAUGUGUAGCGUACUAUAUUAUAUUAUUAUGUUAGAAUUAAGACUUAUGUAUGUAUCUAAUACCAUUAAGAAGAAUAGCUAUUCAAUGAAAACCACUAGAUCAAAUGCCGUUUAUUCCGCAUACCCCUGUAGGUAUCCUUAUAGAUAAACCAUCAAAUUAUUUAUUUUAUUCAUUAUGUACGAACAGUAUCUGUACUAAGAUGUCCAUUAACAAAUUUGACGUUUAACGUGUGUAAUAUUGAGGAUAAGCUCCAAAGACAAUAAUCAUUAUAAUAUAGACUGAUGGAUCGAUAUUUUAUUGCUGUACCAAAUGUAUAUUGUAUUUUUUUGGCAAAAAAAAAAAAAAAACCAAUGUUUUCAGUAUAAAAUAUAUAAUAUGCCUGCUGUGUAGAAAGAACCAUUUGCUAGGCCUCGGGUUGUUUGCAGGUAGUCAAAUUUGUGCGUACUUAAAAGUGUUAUUAUAUAAAAGUACUAUUAUUAAUAAUAUCUAAAUUUCGGUGCGAUUGACAAUGCUCAGUCAUAGGUGUUUACAUAUACUAGGAACACGCGUAUUGUAUUAUUUGAAUUAUCCAAACUUAAUAUUUGUGACAAGUCUGUAGUGUGUACUUAUAACUUUACUCAUACAUAAUAUUAUAAUAAUAAUAAUAAUAAUAGUAAUAAUAAUAAUAAUAUGCUCAUGUGUUAUAAUACACAAACGGUUUAUUGUAAUGCAUUAAUAUUAUAAUAAUAAUAAGUAAUAUUAUAUUUUAUUUCAUUUAUUCAUUGAUACGUUUAUCUUCUACAAACUGAUUUGUUUAAUGUUUAAUGUACUUAUAGAUACACGAUAUAUAACAUGUUUAACGGUUAUUAUAUAAUUUUAACAUUAAAUUUUCAUUAUUUAUUCAUUGAUACGCGUAUCUUCUAUAAACUGAUUUGUUUGAUGUUUAAUGUACUUAUAGAUACACG